AUGUCGGUUGUGGGCGCGCGUAAACACUCUUUGGAGGACUUCUUCGAUCUACUACCAGCUUUGCGUUCAAAGUUUGAAGACUAUCCAGCCUGUUUACGGAAGACCGCCUUUUGCGCACGUUUCGCCACUCUGCGCAAUCAACUCGACCGGAUUGCACUGCAAUGUGACAUGAAGAUUAAUCAGACCGGUCCUAUCACCACGGCACUGGGUCAACCGGCAGGAAUUGCAUGGCGGUUAUCCUCGGAAUGUUUUGCUGUCGUCGUUUCUGCAGUGCCUAUCGAGGGCUACAGUCUCCCUCCGGGCACUACGCCACCACAAGACGACCUAGCUAGUGUGUCGGCUGUCCAUUUUGAAUUCAACCAGGAGAAGCCUGUUGUGAGUCCCGAUUGAAUGAGAGAGGUUGUUCAUCUAACAAUUUGAUUUCACUCAUAUAUUUUUAGCUUUAUGACUAAGGAAAUGCUGAAAAAAUUUCCGCUUUGUUCACCAUUGCAGAAACAUUAGUCCGGGCCAAUCUCGCAACCAGGACUUCCUUUAUAGAAAUGCUCUCAACCGAAUGGCUGCAUGCGUUGUCUGCAUUCGUCUUUUAUUAAACUAUCUUGGCAGAUAGGAAAUUCUUUCAAAACUUCUUUGGUCUACUUGAAAAUGCCUAACUGUCCAGGUUUUUAUGAAUGCAUCAAAGUGAAUAUUGUGAGGGGUAAUUAGAUACAUCCCGAGAAACUGCAGUUUAUAAGUUAUUGGUCUUGCAAAAUAAGUUAUGGACUAACGACUUCGUCUGUCACCUUUACUGACCGACUUGCAUAAAACUUGUAUAAUGAAUGUCAUGCACCUACUGAGGGGCUUUUAAACUGAAAUGUUUUAAUGAGAGGGCUUAUCGAAAAAAAUUUAUCAGGAACUUGUUAUUGCAAUGUACUGAUGCUCACUAGACAUCACGGCACGUUAACACGGCUUUAAAUACCUGUCAUAGAGACUAAGGUCAGUCGCGCCUGAUUCUUCUCCUUUCUCGUCUAUCAAUGGUUGUGGGCUGAACUCAUGCGGCUUUGAAAAUCGUUUAUGAAGAAUACGUUAAAUACGUUCGCGUGUUUUGAAUCUGCGCUUAGGAAAGCCUAUCUUAUUUCGCUUUUCCCAGUCGUUUGGCUUGUAACAUCAGAAUUAGUCAUUUUGUGACCGGAUAAAUACCCUUUUCCUGCUUGUCGACGUUUUUUGGUCUGGUUUGCCUUAAUUCUGUCAUUGCUCCGUUCCCCUUCUUUUUUACUUCCCUUUUAUCUAAAUUUUCUUACAGUUGUGCGAGGAGCUAGUUGACGAAUUGCGAAAACGUAACUACAACGCACUGCUUGCUCACAUAACCAACUUACUUGCUCUGUACAACGUCCCUGGGGAUAGGUAAGUCAGCUCUACCACCUUCAUUCCGUCUAUGUUGUUACUUUUUCGAGGGGAUUAUCAGAAUUGCUUUGUUUGUGACCGGGUGAAAUGAUUACUCACUAGGUCUUUGUGGCAAGGGUAUGCUGGCCGACAAAUCGAACAUGAAUUUCUUGUUAAUACCUAAUCAUUGCGAGGGCACGUGAACCCAAUGACCACAAUUGCUACGCGAUUGCCUGGUCGUGGCCACUGAUAACUGGUCCCCAGGGUUAUUGCUUACAACGGGGGAUGUUGUUUACAAUGAAGCAACUGAUCCACAUUAGCAAUUUCUUUCCUUCAACCGGGCUUAGAUCUGCUUCCUCGAUGCUGUCCUACAUGUUAGGUAGAACUAUCCCUUUGGGUGUGGCCUCAGCUCCCUAGAUGACACAGAAAAACUGAAUCUUUCUUUUUACUACAUGUUUUGGGGACCAUUUCGACCUAUUGCCUUUACCAUCAGCUAGAUCCUAUGCGUGCGUUAUUUUUCUUGCUUUUAUACAUCUGAUGUGAUUUGCGCCGAAUAUUUUGGAACUACAUUCUUCACCCCAUUCAGGUCGCAUAGAUGCAGAGCCUUUCUCUGUUUGAGAGUGCUGGAAGAAGAUCUCGCAGUGCUUUCUGCGGCCGCCAGUACUGACUCCGGAGGCGGUGCCGUUAACCCACCACCAGUUAACCUCUCGCCGCGGACUGCCUCCGAGGUUGCCACCCUUGUGCAGUCCAUCAACUUCUCAGCCAUUGGCCAGAUUGAGCCCAGGGCGGGCGGACGUUUCGCUGCCCUCACCUACUUUGUCUCACCUGCACAAGAAGCGAUUGCCAAAUCAAGUAUCGUGAAGCGGACAUCCUCUCCUACCAGCCUUCGAGGCCUCCUCAAGGGAUUUUUCGCUUUUGUUGGUCUACGCGCCACGACAGACAAGAUUCAGCACAACUUACCCUUUAUACCUCUCGUUAACCUACAGAAGGACGAGUCGGGACUCAAGUACGUCUUUUUCUUGGGAGCCAUCUGGAUCUUUCAUCUAAGCAUUGUAGUUGCGCGAUGCCAACUUUGGCACAGUAUUGGAGAAGUUUUCGCAUGCGCACUUGGUGUUGACCCUGUGGUGUUCUCGUAUGUGCGUGUUUAGUUUCCUUUGGAUUCCAGCCCUAACCGGAAGGCCCAGUACAUAGUUCGCAGACCGGGACAUCCACUAAUAGGACAAAAACUUUUACAAUAGCUUUGCGCAUUUACAGACUGCCGAUAAAGCCCUUAUUUGAACUCUCAAAUUUGUCAGAAACGGUCAUUUUAUAUGAAACAAUCCAAACUUCUCCCUCGGCUUACUCGAUAAAUCCACAAUCAAUCUUGACUUCCGGCCUUGAUGCUACCCCGUGCACUCCUGCACCAUCGCGCUUUUCUCCGAACAUAAAGUUGGGUGUUCUUUAAAAAAAAUCGCAUCUUUUUCAGUCCUUAGCUGGCUCUUAUCCUUAUGACGAAGAAACUGUUUUCCUCUUGUGGCUGUCUGAUGAGGGGUUAAAGUUAGAAUCCGGGAAGUCGGGGAAUAAGGCGCCUGUUUUGGCCAUCGUUCCUUCGUAUUCUUCUCGCACUACUUCCCUUUAUGCUCCAUAUGAUCGUCAGGGAUCGUAAGGCUCCUUCGUUAAACUGAAGAGGGGUUACGCUGAGUACUUGGGCUAACGUUAACUGUAAUUAAAAUCACUGGAUGGAGGAGGUUAGCGCCAAAUUCCCUCCCACAUCUGGGGCCCCACCACGAUGCGGAGGGUCGAAGUCUGACGUGCAUUGUCCAACUAAUAAAUGUCCUUAGAGUCCGAGGAUGAUGCUGCUCUAUGGCAGCUACAAACCACUACUAAAUACGUCUCCUUCCCAUUCUUCCCGUGAGAUUAGGUUCCAGUUAUCCGGCAGGCUAGGAAACACGGUUUUGACCUUGCAAACCGGGCGACUAUAGUGGACCAGCGUUCACAAAAAAUGCGGAGCGGUUUCACGCAAAGCCUAGGAUUCAUGCCACACCACUGACGGGACUGACGUGCUUCACAAACCUCUUUGACAUUUUUGGACGAAUAGCAGGCAGACUGAACGACUUGAUCGGGUGACAACUCAUGGUACUAGGAUACCAGAACGUGCCUUGACCAUGGUGUACAAUCUGCCACUUUCAGCCUGCAUUAUUGCAAUAUGAAUGCUUCCUGUUUCAUUAAAGGCCUACUCAUUGAUUGUGGCGCCAGGGAUAUCGAGGUUCUCGUAGGGAAACCUUUUUGCUCCAUGAAAGUGGUCUGCACGGCGCUUUGGCGGAGCGCGUGAUGAUAAUUGGCCUAUCGGAACGGCCAAGUAAGGCGUUACUGGCUUGAGAGCCAAUAAGUGAUUUGCUGGCGUACAUGUGACUGAAUGGACGUCUGUCCACCGUCGUUGUCACCGCCAUCUGUUAUCCAACAGCUUUUGACUCCUUUUUUCAUGUCCCUUUUCACAGCGGCCAGACCCAGCAGACCUACUAUUCGUUACAGAUAAUUUGAAAGGUUGACUAUGGAAUCUUGCUGUAUUUUUCAUACUCAUCAACAGAUUACCUCCCAGAAAUCUAUGAUCGUUUCUUCCUAACCGUGAUAUUCCAAAAUCGGGAUGUUGUUAUGAAAACGCUCGGUAAAUUUGCCGAGUCUGGAACAUAUUUUUUGCAAUAAAAGUGGGGUACUUUUGUUAGUUAUUCUUAGGCCGGAGGCAAUUGGUUCGUUUGCCGAAUAAUACACGUGUAAUUGUCUAAAAGCCAGUUUAACUGCCUUCCGUCCGUUAAGUCAGCAUUUAAUAUGAGGCAACCUUAUACACAAGUCGAUUGAUUUAAGCAAACAUUUCUGUUCAAAGUCUGUUGUUCAUGUUUACGCUCACUUCUUUCUCUAACUUUGAGUAUUUUUCUACCAUAUUUUCUAUUCAGCGCAACAAUUGUAACAAGUAGCCGUUUGUGUUUCACUCUCGGCGAACCUUUCGUUCUCAGUAAAUUACUUUUUUCAUGCCCCUCCGUACUGUAUGUCUUUAGUAUUGCACAAUUUGCUACCGCGGACAACAUAAAGUGUGGACCCAUCGCCGCUGAAUUUGUACUGUUCCUGCAUCCGCCUCUCAUCCUCACCGCAGAGGCCACGGCUGAUGUUGAGAAAAUAACAGGUGAGCUGUGAAAUACUGAUUAGAUGCGUGAACAUGAAGAGGAGAUUCCGCGUCGUGUCGCAGAAUUUCCUUUCUUAAUGAAUGUAUUGGUUUCACUUUUGUUCCUAUGACCACUCCUGUGACUUAGACGGAAGAGAGACAGAAUCAGACGCCGGGUAUGUCAUUAAAGAAAUAGUCCAUACGACCAAUUGAAAGGACACGGACCUGCAACUCCACUGGUCAAGCGUCUGACUCGAAGGUCAAAUCCCAAAUCUAAUUUUCCCGUCUGGAUUUAAGGUGCGGCUAUUUCAGUCUGUCCUUUCCAUUUCGGUAACAAUUCUCCAGUGUCCUGUACAUCAGUGAGAUUACUUGCUACUUCGGCGGGAAGCAUUAUUCCAGUUUCUUGUGUUACGCUAUCCAUGUGGAAUUAUGCAGUCUGCAUUGUCACUGGGUUCUUGGCUUCAUUUUGCACUUAUUACGUUUAUUAUUGUUAAUGUUCGACGAGAAACCAGCACCGAGCUGCGCUAUUCUAGGCGGUCGUUGAUUAGGUAAGACAGGUGCGUAAGGCUAUCUUACAAUUCCAGAAUUUAAGCCCACUCUGUCGCCUCUUUAUGGUGCUAUAGUGGUCGUCCUUUUCACAGCAUCUAGAUUUUCACAAAAACGCUUUCUUCAUAAACCCCAUUUGCAGGUGACUUUGACUUCUGCCAGUAUUUGAGAUAUUUUCGAAGGGAUUGGGUCACACUGUUGUAACUUUGGUUGCGUUUUCCUUACCAGGCAGACAGCGAUGUUAGUGAGACCGAUGUUUGUUACAUUAUUCCCUCUAUGCUUCUAGGAGUUUUCUAUAACGAAUACAGUGAAGCUCUGUGGUACACAGAAUGAGUUGUCGGUUACUACCAGUGGAAUGCAGUAAUUCCCGAAAAGUACACUUAAUUUGACAAAAAUAGGACGCAUUUGCACCAGGCAGACCCGUCCACCUCCUAGGGGGCUCCAGCUAUCCCGUCUAUCUUUUUCACGAUCUUACUCGUCAUUUACCAACAGUUGGCAUGUCUGCCUUUGCAUCGCAGUCUAAAACCAGCUCGAGCCGUGAAGGACCCUGGUUCUCGUCUACGGCUGACACAUUUAUUUUAAGUGUUUAUUUCAGCUUAACUGGCCGCAUAGGGUAUAAACUGUGGUCCGACAGGGGAGUAGGUAACCCUCCACCGUGUUACAGAUGACCUUGUUCUAGGUUGCCCACCGAUCGUUCUUACGGAACUCACUCGUUUCGUUGUGCCUUAUGGACUCUCUUUCGAGCCCAACCAGCAGCCGCACAGCGCCUAUUCUACAAACGAGUAGUACCACAAGUAGUAUGAAUAUUGUGUGGCAAUUAUUGGCUUGAUUAUUCCCUAGAGUUCAUAUACCAGAAACCGGAUAGAGGACGCUGGGGGACCCACUGAGGAGCCGAACCCCUUACAGCUGUGUCACGCAGCAGCAGAAUAUCGGCGAAACACGUGUCUGGGCUUUUAGCCAGCACCUCCCCCGGGAGUGCGGCAUAACACUUUUGCCAUUUAAAAUCCAUACUACUUGUAAUACUGAUCGUUUUUAGAACGGGCAUUACGUGAUUGUUCCAAAGAAAUUGAUUUUCUUCGACUCAAAUGUGCAUUAAAAUUUCGGGUCUGACCCCAAAAAGUCGUCCCGGAGACGUAACUCCAUGUCCUACGCUUAAGGAUAUCUGAAAUUAUUAGCUUGAUAUAUAUAUAUAUAUAUAUAUAUAUAUAUAUAUUUAUGAUAGUGGCUAAUGGCCGUGGCUUCGUACUCCAGAGUCCAGGUGGAGGAGGAGAGAGUGCGGUAGAUGCAGCGAAAGUCUUCAUCCACUAUAAAGUAAAUCACAUGCAAGUCAUUGUGUCUGCUUCACCAGGCUGUGGAGCACACUAUGGACAUCGUCGGCAAAGACGGUCGAACUAACUAAAGUAUUAUAGGGAACAUUUGUGUUCAGCUCAACAUCCAAAAACUCUGGGGUAUCACAAAUUUUGAUCCUCCACAUUGUCACCAUUUAAAAGGUGACACUGUUUUUACCGUUUAAUGAUAAUAAUAAGUGAAUUUAAUGCCUCUUUGAAGACUGCCAAAAAGGUAUUGCAUUGUCGUAUUUUUACUCCGAUGACUACCUUAAUGCAUCAUGACCACCCUCACGCAACAACUACCGCGAUCUCUUUUUAUUUCUUUCUCUGACAAGUACAAAUAAAUAUCGCCGGUUAUUUUCCAGAAAAAUUGCUCCCCCGAGUAAGCAGUCCCGGUCAUAAACCUUAUCCUUGCUUUAUCUUUUUGUUGGGAUAGAUUUUUGAAGGUGCCAUCCGAUGAUUCUUGGACUUCGCGCGUAAUCUUCACUUCCCUUGCUAAGCUCAAUCAAAUCUCUAAAAAAAAACAAUUAAAUUGUUCUUAGAUUUAUUUGCCAUCAUCGGUCUGUGAUUUGAGCAGUUCGAUCAAAAGUCGAUACACUUUGGGACUUGCGGAGGCCUAGAUGUGCCAUUUGUGAAGGUCGCAGUCCAGAUUCUUCUCGUACCGCAAUGAACUUCCAGGAGUUAUCAAUAUUAUAAUUAUUUGAACAUGUUGUUCCAACUAAUUAAGCAAAAACACCUGUUGAGGCCAUCAGCCUAAUUGUCGCCUCCCUUUUCGUCUAUUAUCGAGGGGAUUUCAUCAAGUGUGUUGCCAUUUUUUAUGCUCCCCCUUUCUGCCUUCAGGUAUUCCUUUGGUCUCCUCUGACAACUGUCCGCCGGAACCAGUCCAUUCCCUCAUUCUUCGUCGACACAACCAGGAAGCCCUGCGACUUGUUGAUGUUCACAUGGUUAGUUUGCCUGUUCGCUUUCCGUCAGUGCUCCCAUACCUCAUCUUGCGGUCAGACCUCCGUUGCUGGGUCUUCAUACAUAGUUUCACCCAAUACCCUUUAACGGAUCUGACUGAUAUAGGUUUCUUUUUAUACUUUUUUGGGCUUGCAGUCGCUUCCAAAUAGAUCGCAACACGUCUACCAUCUGAGGCCUGAACAUUCUAAUAAACUGCAAGGCUACUGUGUGACGGAAAUUGCUUUCACAUCGCCCAGUCAACUGCCGGCUCUAAUUAGUCUUCUUCGUCGAAAUGCCGCCUGGCUGUCCUUUAUGGAGUCCUUCGUUCUACACCCCAAGAAGCCAGUAAGCAAAGGUUAGUGUAGGCCAUUUACUUGACAAUAGUAUUCUGCAUUAAUGAGGACUCGCUUUCCCGAAUCAGAGCAAAAGGCAUAAACACUCAUUUGUUUGUUGUUCUAGAUUACUCCUGUGAAGACGCAGGUUGCCACUUAGAUCUAAGCUUAACCCUUAAGACGCUCUUUUGGGCAUGCCUUUACCACCAACAUCAGCAUGCAACCCUUUCCGCACAUAAUUAACCAAUCCUGCGCUGCAAAUUUGUCAACACUAGUCUUUUCUAUCGUCCCUUCGUCUUCUUUUAGGAUUGUUUUCCCAUUACAGAUUAAAAAAACAGCGGGUUAGUGUUGAAAACCAUACCGGAAGCUGAAAAAGUAUAAUGCCCCCACCGACCUUUUCGGCUAUGCUCUGCUCAGCUGAUGCUGUGGGCACUCCACGACGUGUACAGUGGCAGUGUUGCCUUUCAGUACAUUAAGGACAAAGAUAUAUGUGUAUAUUCUGCAGCAUCCAUGGUGGGAAGCUCAAAGAUCAUGUCUUUGCGCGAACCGGGUCUGAUGUUAUACGAUGGCUCGUUAAGCGGCAGGAACUUGACUGGUCACAUCUGGGCAAAAUCAUCGACCGUCGAGGUAGGCCUAUCAACGCAAGGAUGCCUGAGACAGAGUUGCUUUGGGCUUGUCCAUAACAGCCAUGUCUUCUGCGUUUUUCAGUACUCAUACGUAAAAUAAUUUGUGACGCAUAUAAGUAGCGUUCACUUAUCUAUUCAGGUUGCAGCCGUUUUUUCCACAUGUGGUUAUUAGUUCCAAAACUGUUCGACAUAAACGUUUCCUGACAGUACUUUCACGAUUCCAUUUCAUUCUAAUGAAGGACCGUCGCAAAAAUAAUGCACUAUCAUACUCCGACUAGUUAGUCCAGGAGCUGGGCGAUGAACAACCACGUCAUCCCAUCAGAAAUUCUCUAAAGUAACUUUGAAGAUGGACCGUUCGCACGUUAUAGAGGGCAGUAAAUGCCAUCAUUCGAUCCAAGAUGUGGACAGUAUCAAAUAGGUGCUUUAUUCCUAGAGUGCUACACACUUUGUUUUUUGCAUUUAAAUUCACUUGAAUGUGUUCGGUCCACCGACUUAAACAACUUAGUGGUCUGUGCAAUGAAGACAUCUUUAAUUCAUGCAAUCUAUAUUGUCGUUGUUAAGCGGAGGAACGUACAGUCAGUGACCGACCUCACGAAAUGUAGCCGAAAUCCUGAAAUGCGUUUCCUUUUAGGAAGGAUUACUUAAGUGGAAUUCUAACAAUAAUUCUUGUACAGCAUAAUCCCAAUCCAUUUCAGUAACGUCAGGAUGCCGGCUUUUUAAUGCGUUUUUCCUUCGGUUGCCUGCAAAAACAACACUCGAUGAAAAGCGACUUCUUGAGUAGCACCCGUUUUUUAAAUUGAUUUUCGACAGCCUUAUAAAUUCAAAUGUACUUCAUAGGAAACGUGCACAAACUUUCAUUUCUUGUAUUUAUUUGAUAGCAAAUAACGUUUUCUUAAAGUUGUAUACUCAAAGUAAGGGCAUCUUUCGGUUUUAAUAAAGUUUCUAAUUAUGAGAUUUUUUAAGACUUUGUGAUUUCCACCGUAUCUGUCCGUUUACUGACGCUCCUCAUGAAGUAUACAGCAUAAUCCACAUCUACUGAAAAGUCUUAUGAGUCCUAUAGGGUACCUUCUUAAUGGCAUAAAUGAAUGUUUGAUUUUCGUUGCACUGAAAGCAUGUAGCCUAGGGACUGAAAACCCUGAACGUAAGUGCAACAACAGACAGGGCUCAACAUUAUUCGAGAAUUGAAAAUCUUUCUUAAAUCAACGUAUACCCUUCCGUUGAGUAUAAAUUUAAAAGCGAAGUGAAUUGCUACCAAAUGAGUGUAAGAAAGAAAAUUUCGUUUGUGUUCUUCAUAAAAUAUACUUAACUUUAUAAGGGUAUCUAAAAUCAGUUUAAACAAUGAAUAAAACUUAAGUAAUAACUUUUUCUCGAGUGGGGUUUUUACAGGUAGCCGAAAGGAACUGCCCUCAAAAGCCAACGUCCUGGCGUCUGAAAUCUCAUGGGGUUAUGUUGCAAGUUGAUUAGCAUUAUAAUUCUACCUAACAAAUCCUAAUUGGAAACACACUAGAAUUUCGGUUGACAUUCCGUGAGAUUACUCACUGACCUUACGGCUGACAGCGGUGCAUACCCAUGCGAACGUGCUAACUGGCCUUGAUCUUGCUAGAGACGUUACCUCCCUCGGUCGUCGUGCUUUGCAAGAUCACCAAUUGAGCGGUUAACUGGGUUCUGUUCAGCGCUAACGAUCAGCCUGUACUGACGCCUUGUUAAUGUGUCCUUCAUAGCACCCUUACUUGUGUGAAGCCCUUGUGCCUCCCCCUCUUCCUCUGAAGUUUGCUUCGUUGGAACCAGGUCCUCUGCGACACACAUAGACGUCCUGUUUAUCAUUGUCACCCAUUCCCCACGGGGACGCAAUGCGUGUGAGAGGAAACAGGGAGAUACGUGCAGCACAAGUCUACGUUGCUAUAAAAAUAUGCACACGCAAGUCUCCACUGCAUCCUAUUCGGAACAGCUGUGGUCCUCAUCACUCACGAUGGCACUUUGAAUAUGAGAUAAGCGUUCUCUGGGUUCCUCCUAACCGACAGCUCCUUUUUACUCCCCUAAGUUGGCGUUAUUUUGUCGGUGGAUUUCUCCGAUGCGCACCCCUUUCUUUUAGGUCGCCUUCAAGGAAAUGUAUUUCAUUGUUGAUCGUAUCAGCGAACACUUAAGUGACGCAAAUUAAUGACAGUGAAACGAAGCCCCUCCUCUGGUCUGCAGCAGAACUCACCAGGUGCACAUACCGUCAUUUCCAGCGCGACUUCCAAGCAGCGAGUUUCCAGAUAAAACCGUAUCGAAUAGUCACGAAAGGAUCCAGUAAAGACGGCGCCUUGUAUUCUACACGUUCAUUUGUAGGCGUGAUCUUCAGGUGAUCCUCCAGGAAGCAGCCCAAUGGAGUGCUCAUAGCUACAUGAUCAACCUGUCUGUAUAUUUCUCCAUCAAAAAGCAACUGCACGCUGGUGCUGCACAGCUCUAAUAGCUUAUGCCAGUUCUAAACAGGUUUCAGAUGUGUACGCAUACUGACUUAUCCAUUGGCAUGUAGUUGGACCAGCUUUGCACAUCCAAUUAAACAACACGCUUAUUUCGCAGGCUUAGGCCCUACAGGCGGUCGACGAAACCAUAGGCCUCUUUCGCCAUGUUUGUUGUGGUAACGAAUAAUCAGCCUAAUUUUAUUGACUGGCCGCGCAUGUACUGGAAAGCCUUCGUCAUUGACGACAUAGGUCAUGGUGGCAAGCUAACCCUGUGGAUUUUCGGCGACCCGUAUGGCCUGGAAAUAUGCGUGCCUAUAGGCCUUAGAUAUGAAGCCACUCAUUCAUCUGUUAACUUACCCUUCGAAAGGGAUCUCGCCCUUUUUCAGAUAAUUUCUUCCGCCGUCUUUUCUUUCCUAACGGUGAUUUCAUGAGAAUAUUUGUCGAGAUUAUUCAGCACAGACUACAUCUUACUCAAGAAAUUUCCCUUAAGAUCAACACCCUGUCUCUGCAGAUCGUCUAGCACUGAAGAAGUGUAGCUUACUGAAUUAAGAGCGCUGCGUAUCGGGGAUGUUUGACACUGAUAUUUUCCGUCAACCAAUUUCGCUCUCAACCACCAUUCCUUCUCCUUUGACUCUGGUGUUGAGACCGAUGGGUUGUGGAACAAUUAUCAGAACUGGGCUCCUAGUUCUGUCGUGUCUUGUAAAUAUACUUUAGGACCUAGUGAGAAAGCCUCUGCAUGUGGCGUACUCAGUCUCAAAUCCGACACAAUUGGGGUUUAGUUGUCCGAAUCUGACUGACAGUAUUUACACACUGCUAGCUUUUUUAGUGAUUCGGGUAGUUUUGCAUGGAAUAACAAUCUUAUUUUACCGUGUGUUGUCCAAAAUGUCGGACUUACGUAGUGUAACACGUCAUGGGAAUGUGCAAUGUGCCUCCUGCCUUUGUGAAAGAACCACGCGGUCAAGCUUUUUAUUUGUUGGCCGCAGUUCAUCUCCUCGAAGAGGGUGUCUGCUCAAUUCCGUAUGCAGGGAUGAAGAAAUUCUGCUGCGGUCCUUCCUCUGUUGGUUCUGCACCCUAAUUAUGCGAGCUGCCCCAGUAUCCUUAUGACGUGGGCGAGGGUGCGCAAUGAGGAGAAAACUCGAGCAAUGGAAGCAGUUGUAUCACUUGAACUAUUUCGCACUGCUGUUAUAGUGAGCCCAUGAUAAAUAUUGCCCUUCCCUUACCUCACUACCGCGUUUUGUCACACCCCAACUCAAUGGUUGGGGCUUUCGACCUCUAACCAACAGGUCGCAAGUUCGAGCCUCGGGGUUGGGUAUGGCCUGUCGAUGACGGCUAACAAGCCAGAAGUGGUAAUGUAGUUCUGCCCUCUGAUAUGUCUAAAGAACAUCCAAUGCUGCCUUCUCCUUAGUAUGUUUGGCUUAUUCGGGCCCGUUUCAUAUGACGCGCCCAUUAUUCAGCAGGUUAGCCGACUAGUGACGUCAGCCUGACCUCCCAUGUUGUUUACCUCUUAUUAUUUCAUUCUCCCCUCUGUUUUUAUCGCAUCUCACCCUUUUUUUCCAACUGUUCCCUUAACAACGCCUAAUAAUAUGUACAUCAACAAAACAAGUUUCAAGCUGAGUAUGAGGUCUCGAAAUUAAAGUGUCACUAUCUACUUAACAACUUCGAUAUGUGGUCUUCAUUGAUGGCUGGCACGAUUUUCCCCGGAAAGUCGACGUAAAAUGGUGCAUGAAUAUGUCUAGAGCCCUGUUUGUUCUUACCAGUAUUAAAAUUUGCCAGUUUGGACUCAUGUGUUGUAUGCAGUUAGAGGCUGGCGUUAGACGCAUCCCUCGGGAAUCUAAACCUGCGUAGCCGUACUCGCUAAUCCGAUUUGAUUAAGACCACCAUAAUCAAGGUUGGGGACCAUCGCACAGGACACCCGGACAAGGAAAAAUGAGCUCGAAAUACUCGUUUAGACCUUUUUCUUUUUCGGUAAAUCCUAAUCUAAUUUCUAAUGGACAUACUUGUAUCUGUUCCAUGGUUUAUUUUCUGCACCAUCACAACCUUUAUUUUAGAUGAGGCGCUCAGCUUUAAAUUUGACGUUUCAAUGCCCUCUAUGGAUGAACUUUGUGUCGCAUUUCCCCAUCCGUGUGCUUUGGAACGCAAAGUUCAAGGUAAACUUUACUUUUAAAAGGAUUUCCCGUUAUUUUGGACGUCAUAUUUCACCAGAUUUGUUAACUAUUUUCCAGUUUAGCAGUUAAUAUGCUUGUUUCUAUGGUGUUAAAACCGAGAACGGGUUGAUUUGCUGCUUGUACUGCUGGCAUACGUUGAUUUUCAAAACUAUCCCUCUGAUACUUGCACACUUUAAUGUUUUCUAUGGCCAUACCACAUUUACAUACUAUGUCCAUGACGUCGACACAGUGGUCAUCCUGAGCUAUUAUGGAUUUUCAAUACGAAAUCAGUUAACAGAAUGUUAACUAUCCCUAGACUACCCUACCCAUCCACCUGUAAGAAGUAUGAAGGCUUUUCCAUUGUUACCAACCAUUCAGACCGACCUCAUUUCUAACUAACCGUUUCUCGCCGCAGUUCGAGUACUGGUAGCUACGAUAUUUAUUGUUUAGAUUGGUAGAUGCCCUAUUAAAACAACACAAUCUCGUCAGCUGUUAACCUUCGAAACGGCGUUUUUUAAUCACGUCAGGGGUUGAUGCCGUGUUGGAUUGCCGGAUCCAACUUAAAUUAACCUCAUCCUCUCUUACCUCUCCGUGUGUCGGUGGCCUGUCUGAAUCAAGCUCGGAGGAGAUGAGUCUGAAUGCAAUGGAUAAUAUAACUUGGACUUUCAUUCGAACGCUUACAGCACACACGUAUGGAACUACUUAACGGCGUGCGUACUCAGUCACAGCCCAUUUAAUGCACUCCAUGAGCAAAGGUGGCCUCCAUUUUGUUCUAACGCGACGGUGGCACACCCGCCGUAUGGUUCGUUGUUUGUAGUUUUUGACAGACAGCCUCAAACCCAAGUUGUGGCCCAUUUACUUACAAUUUGCCGUGAUUCCCAAAUGUGGUUGCCAACCCUGGACCGCACAGGCCUAGUAGUUCACACGACCUUCCCGAACAGAGGCCAAAUCUACCUUAUCAUUCAUUACAUAGACUCCUUUACCUUCAUAUUUGCAUGAGGAAAGCACAAACAUCACGGGUUAGCUAGACACCUACGAAUUUUUUGAUAUUUUCUACUUUUCGGCCUUCACUUUAACUCCAUCAGGGCAACCCAUGCGCAAGCCUGUAUCCCGUCAUGUACAUUCCAUCUUUUGAUUCCUGUCCCAACCCUUAUUCCUCCUUCCCAAUACUCGCCAGACGUAUGCAUGUCUAUACACCCCACUAUCACAUUUGUGUGUCUCCACACUCCCUCCCCUUUGACAUACCAUUUGAAGGCCUCAGGCUUGUUUUGGACGACGGGUAAGGCCUUUCUGGUUGUCGAGCGACGUUUUUUGUAUUGUAGUGCCGCAGCGGCAGAAUAUCGGCAAAACACACGUGUCUGGGCUUUUAGCGAGUACCUGUGCUGCUAGAGUGGUAUCUUGUAACCCUAAAAUGCUGGUGUUGUUUGUCGCCUUGUUUGUCGACCGACAUGGCAGCUCGGUGCCCAUCCACGCACAAAGACAUUGCAACUGCAUGAUCCCCGACCCAUCAUUUGUCAGACCUGAUUGUUUCAGAGCUAGUCUUCGCUGAGGGUCGUUCUACUUCCCGCCAUCUUGGACCCACCGAGAGAUCCCUGCUAGGCUACUGCACAAGUUCUGUUUUCCCGGACUUCCUGUCGUCCGGGCGAGGAUGUACUCAAUGAGCAAACGAAGCUCACGUCCAGCCCGCCUGGCCACAAACGCAAUCAUUCAAUUGUCCCCAGAACUAUACCCCAAUGACUUACCAACGUUUUCCCCUCGCCCACUCAUGUGAAAUCCGUAGCUCGGCCCUAACUACCUCCAAAUUGUCCAGCCAUCGCAUAUUCAGGAGUUAGUGUGUUAACCACCUACCGUCUGUGGAAUAAUCUGUAGGCCACUCGAUAGAAAUGUCCAACUUAUCGCCCUUUUCCUGUUUUUGCGCUGGCAAAACGAUUUUCCAAGUUUAGGCUCGAGAAAAAUUGCCUCACUCUAAUGCAUAUGCAGUUGUUCUCCAUCAUAUCCGCCUUUUAUUCCUUUCCCCACCUCUGCACUUUUAGUUUACAUUUGUUUUGGUAACCUCGGUGUCAAGUCGGCCCGCGUGAGCGGUUGCAAUCUUGCUGAACAGUUGGAGGGGUCUACCGUAACUCCUCCCGAUCCUACUCGUGUGUUAGCCCGCUCGCACAACCUUCCCGUGGCUUUAACCUGGCUUCUAAUUCUACUGGGUUGCCCCGUAAAUCGCAGUUUAAGCUGCCUUUUCCCUGCAACCACGUCCAUAACUGGCUCUACCUGCACUUCGAGCACAGUUACUUCUACUGCAGCUCCGUCGGACGCCGAGCGUCAUUUCAGAGCCAAUUGUCUAGGCCGAGCGCGACGAGCACUGCAGUUCAGUGAUGACUGUGAUGCCGACGGUCUCCUCAGUGGUGCUGAUCAAAUCAGCCAGGAGAACUUACAGCACCUCGAUCUUCUCACCCAGCCUCCGCCGCCUUCACCUACACAAUUUGACGUCUUCGUUACUUCGGUUUCGUCUUCAGUCACGGCCUGUGUCUCAUCCCUCUCGCUGCCUGGCGUAGAUGCUUUCCGACCCGUCAGCUCUCCGACCGCCGCGGCAACAGCAGUACCAGUUGGCGGUAGUGCAGUUCUGCGCUCCAGUGCUUUCCUUGCAUCAGCUCCACUGCCGCCUGGGGUGCUAGUGACUACUCCGCCUUCCUGUCUCCUCGAUGGUGGGGGUGCUGUAAAACCUAUGUCAAUGGAGGAGACUGUUGCAUCAACUCCGGGUUGCUUCCCUCCACCACCCUUGGUAGGGACAGGUAGUGGCGGUCUUGGUAGCCGUUCAGGUCUCACUUUCACAACGCCCCUGAUACCCGGCACAGUAUCGGCUAGUGCAGCCAUGUUUGCCUCGCCUCCAGCCACAGCCUCCGCUUCUCCUUCGCCACUCAAGACGCCCUCAUUCUCCACAUCUGUCCCAACUCCUCAGUUAGGAUCCAGGCAAUCUUGCCCAACCACCACAUCCUCUUCCGCUGCAUCCAACGUUUCUGGUACGUUUAAAUGGUCCUUAUUUGUUUCUUAUUGUGGUGGUGCCUCAUCUAUCACCCUUGGUCUUAGACCGUUGGCUGAAAUCCAUCUUGAACCACAUCAUACAAUUUCUUCAAUUCAUAGCUAUUCUUGAUUGCUCUACAUAAUUUAAAUGACCAAGUUUUAAAAAACUUGGUGAUGUCGGCGGAUUAGAGCUCGCGACAAAAAGCAGGGCUACCCAGCCACCAGCGUUCUUGCCAUUUGAGCUAAGUGACGCCCACCAACAGCAUUUCGGUUUUCUCGCGAUUGAAUCAGUUCAAUUAUUAAAAUAUGCUAUAAAAAAACUGUUAAAAGAUGAACCUGUUGGUUGAUUCUAUGUUCAUUGCUUAAGAAGACCUGUUUAGGCAAUUAGCCUACUAUAUUAGAAUUAGUGCAGUACUUAUCCUGCAAUAACGCAAAUUUUGAAAAGUCGAGGUUCUUAGUCGGAUCUUCCUAACUCAAUGAUUAGAGCGCUAUUGCACAACAGCCUUGCUUUUUCUGUUGGGGGUCUCAGUCCCACUAAGGUUCCCGGAUUUUCUUCGCAAUCCGGACAGUUAAAUAUCAUAGUUCACCUUCAAAUUGCUGUGUGCGCCGCAAUGCGCUUUUAGUUCGAAUUUACCGUAUACGGUUUGACUUUGGUGAUCUGGUGCGCUCGUCGCAGGUACUAUCAUUCUGUACCGGACAUUUCAUUUCAACCCUCGCACGCAACCAUCUUCGCCGUGUGUCCCAUAGCGUGGUGGGUGCAUGACGGUGACAUGCGUGGGAAAUCGUUUAAAGUAAUAGCAGACUUGCGCAGCAUCUGCCGCACUCUCUUCUCCCCUGCACAACUAGGCCCAGUGACAAUGCAGAGUCAGGGAGAGCGGAGGUGAGCUCGGCCACAGUGGCUGACAAAGUUAAACAGCCAGCUAUGGAUCAUCAGUCCCAGUUUGAUGAAUUCGCGAGUGACCGACCAGACCAGUGCGUGAAGCGAAGGUUCGAUCGCAAUGAGGAUAAGUUGGGGCCGGUUCCGAAUUCCUCGUGCAGAGGUCGAUUGUGGUAGCGACAUUAAUGGGUGACAUGGCACCGGAAGGGCUCUCACCGAUGGUAGGGGUGGUGGUCGACGUCGUCGGCGCUUCGGGCUUUGUAGUACUGAUGGCGGAUGUGGUGGUUUUGGGGGGACAAAGCAUGACAGUCGUCGACGCCAUGGGUAUUGUGGUAGCGUGGGUAGGGGUGAAAGCGGUUUCUGAGAGGGAAGGAGAAGAUAAAGCGUUAGUAGUGCAGGAGGUUCGAAGACAUCCGACGAGGCCGAUUCACGUGCGAAAUUUUGAAUUGUUGGUCUGCGAGAUUUGUGACUUAAAAGUCAUUCCUCUGGCUUUGGCAUCGUCGAUCCGGUUGGCUUUGUAGAUUACUGCUCCAGUCGUCACUGCUGUUCUUCAGGCCGGUCGACCGUGGACAAGGUACUCAGGUCUCCGAGUUUAUUUGUGGAUCCUGAAUGCAAAUUUUCAGUGUCAUUGUGACGUCAUUUCUGUCCUCUCUGUCGACGAGCACCGGUGGCGAUGUCACUAUAGAAUAGCCGCUUGGGCAGGCGUUCGUCGUUUAUUCUUACGACAUGGCCCGUCCAUCAUCGUUGGAUUUACCUCAGCAGGACCUGGACGCUGAGAAUUCCGGUUUUUUUAACAUCUUCCUUGUCUGGUAUUCCGUCAUACCACCAACCUUCGUAUUCCCCGGAGGCACCUGAGGUGAAAGCGCUUGAGUUUCUUCGCCUGGCUCUUGUGCAUUGUCCAGGUUUCUACCCCUACGGCAGCGUUGUCAGAAUGACGGCUCGUGUUGAGUUUUUGCAGGUCCGAUCCCAUGAGAACCCAGCACCCUCCCAGGCAUCAUGAUCUGUGUCGGCACGGACAUUGAAGCCACCAAGGAUAAUCAACCGGUCUGUCUUAGGCAUAGUUGCUAGGAGGGCGUGCAGGUCUUCGUAGAACAUGCUUUUCACAUCUUCAGUGCAGGUCUUUGCGGGGAGGGGGGGGGGGCGAAUGCGCGGACGAUAAUGACGAACUCGCCUAACCUUAAGGGCCGGGGAAAGUCAUGAGGCGGCCGUUGAUGUUGCCCAACAGACACGACAGUCAUUUUACGAUGUCGUUCCGGAUGGCAAAGGCGACGCCACUGCCCUUGUGUGUCCGCUUCAGAAGAAGGUGUAGCCGACGCCCACCCCCAACUGACCCCAUUCGGAGAACCUGGUCCUACUGAGAGCUGUAAUGUCCACUUUGUGGCACGCCAUUUCUCGAACUGUCGUCGCCGUCAUCCUCCAGACAGCUGCUCAGCGGGUUGUUUAAAAGAAAACGAACAUUCCAGGCGGGCAGCGUGAGGGGAGUCACUCGAGCAGCCUGUGAGAUGGGACGGAGGAAAUGGGUGCGGGAGGUUUGGUUUUGUGCCGUGUUUCGCUUUCUUGCCAUGGCCAACUUGCAGACGGCCUGAUUAUCCAGCAUUUGUUUAGCACACCUUUUCUAGCCUCUUCCACGCGAGAGCGUUACCCCUAAAGUUGACUUUUAAGUCAUCCCAGACAGCUACUAAAUUAAACUUUGGGUCAUGACAUUUGUUUAGUGGGAAGCCGACCUGAGUUGGCCGGAACCGCCAACGUGAUCGCUAUUGCUCACUCCGUAAGACUUUUCCAGUUUUGAGGAGGAUGGGAAAGGGAACAGAACCAUCGGACUUGUGACCUUCACAAAACACACACGCCCACUAACCAGAUACUCCCAUCGGGCCUGGCCAGUCGGUCAAGGUAGUACCGGGGUUUGACUGCUAGGCGGAGCCUAGCUUUGGGGAUCCAUUUAUGAGAGUUGGGUGUCAGCUAAGCGCUGUGUGGAGCAACCGCCGAUUGCAGAUUGUACUCACUAACCAGACACUUCUGUACCCCGUACCAUGCAAUGCAGUGCCCAGACAAUGAGAUAAUUGGUCUGGAGAAAGUUGGUCAAGUUUUCUUUAUUGAGAAUACACACAUGAGUGUGAGUUUCCGCAUUAACGACGUUUUCCGACCUUUUAUUCGGCUGGAAAAAAUCGAUGUUGGCCCUAGAUAAGCCGCAGACCAAGGACAUCUCCCAGACAGCGAAUUCAGGCUUUGAAAAUUCGUAGGACCACUGAUAUGAUCCUUCAGGUCGUGCGACUGCAGAAAAAAAUGCUAGAAAAUGCUGAUUAGCGGUCACACCGUCUUCUGGAACCUCACCAAGCCUUCCGGUUACUUGAACUGACACAACCUCUGGAAAGCAAUUAGGAAAAUUGGAUGAUCCAGUCCGUCGAAGUGAUGGUCAGACGGCUUCAUACUGACAUGAUUUGACUCGUGACGACCGUGGAUCGACAUGCUUUCACGGGGACAAAUUUGGUAAAUUGGGACUAUGUCUUCAUCGUAAGACUCUUCAGCUUCAUGUUUUCCGCAGUGCGGAUGGCCGCCUACCUAGAGGAUCGACGAGCCACUGAUACAAACUGCCGAAUCACAGUAAACUGUUCGAUAGCCGCUGUCACCAGACCGUCACAAAAAUCUCCGCGAUCAGGAUGCAUGACCUCUGUCAAGGACUGCGCACUGACCAGCACAAGUGAUGCGGACACGCAACUAAGUCAGAACCCUUCCUCUUCCGUAUGUGGUAAUUUUGUGCUAUCAAUACACAGCAGUCAGUUGUAACGCAACAUCUGACACCACCUGUCAUUCCUAUCAAAUCCACGCUACAUGCCAGUGGUAGUCGGCUAGCUGCGGCAAACCAAUCCAUUUAUCUGGUUAGUACUAUCUUAUCAACCACAAAAAUAGUCGAGGUUGCAGUCGAGAUUUCUACUGUCAGCAGGCCCUUGGCAGACUUCAAAACUCAUUCGUAUACAACCCACCAAAGCCAAGCAAGGUAAUUAAAUCGUUUCCACCAAAGCUGUCCUCGUGGAGUUUAAACAUGAAAUGACAGGAAUUCCGCACACCGAGGUUCUGGAGUCGAACGACAUGUUGAGCAUUUACGUCAUAUUGAAGUACCCUCAAUCACGGUGGGGCGGCCACAUCGAAGGCUAACUAACGAACGCAUGCCGAAAGGUUUGUCAGUAAUGUAAGUGUUAACACUUAUUGUAUGUACACGCUUGACCGCCGUGCACUUAUCUGUCUUCUUUUACUUUUAGCAGCGGGCUCAAUGCUGGUUAGCCUACUUGAUGAGGACAUCCCAUCUCAGACUGUUCACCUGCCAACCCUCAGUGCUGCAACACUUCAGCCGUCACGCGUCAUCUCGAGCAUGUUACCACAAACACAACUACCCCAACAGCAGACAUCUGUCCACAAACCCUCUGGUUCAGAUGUCCUCAAUCACCUUCUUACGUCUGGCCAGUCGGAGAAGGAUUCUGCACUGUUACGGAGCAAGAACAAGGCGACCGUGAUGUCCACAGUAUCUUCUCCCUCUUCUAAGGCCAACUUAUCUGGUAUUAGCUCUCGUGGUGUACCCUCGGCCAUAGGAUCCAUUGCCAGCGGAAUCGGUAGUGCCUAUAGUGGACAGACAUUUACAACGACAACUGCUAAACGACAGCGGAAGCGUCGUGAGGCUUCUCCUGUGGCAGCGGUGGAACCCAUUCAGUUUAUUUCCGUUCUGCCUACAAGAUCCUCUGUUGCAGAAGCCACAUUUGCUGGCAAACAGUCGCGGUUUUCGGUCGAGACGACCUCUGCAAGUUUAUCCACACCGACUACUGAGGGUGGAAAAGUGAUGACAAAUGCGACAGCGACGUCUGUCGCCAGCGCUGUUGCUUCCUCUGAGAAGCAUAAGUCUGGGCGUCCGUCUUCUGGAAGCAGUGGCGGUGGUGGUGGUGGUGUCAGUCAACCACUGCGUCACACUCCUUCCUCCUCGUCAUCUUUGUCCUAUGCUGGAACGACCAGUUCCCUUGUAUCUAAAUCUGUCUACGAUUUUGAGGUAGGUUCUACAAUGCUCAUGGGUUUUAAUAAGCUACUACAUUCACACAGAUAAAAGAGAAUUUUAUACGCUUAUAGAGGGUCUUUGCAUAUAUAACCACAACGAGCUUUCGUCAUUUCGCCACCAAAAAGGGAACUCUUGUUCCUUCUAACACUUGCAGGCACGAAUGAGUCCUUGUGUCCCCUGUAAGAUUUUGAAUCUGCAGAUCGUCCACCAUCCCAGAAGAAGGGGUUUUGCCUCAUAAUGUAGAUGCAUUUUCCUGAUGAUGUAAACUAUUUUUUUAAUUAAUCACCUGAAAAUUGGAAAAACUAUCAAACCAUCCGGUAUAAUUCGUUGUCCGGCUUGUCUCCCUUCUUCACCUCGGCAACACUUUUUUCAAAACCAUUGGUGCUAUUAAUUUUCCGCUGAAAUGCAUAAUAAACUGCUUCCACCUCGUAGUUAUUUUGUAGGAAGCUAAACGUUAGCGCAAUUGCUGGAGUUGCAAAACCCACACAUAGUCGUACCACACGUGGUAGUCCCCACACACCCAACUCAAUGGGUUUCGCCAAAUCUGCCUCUGAAGAAAGCUGCCAUAAAAAGCACCUUAGGCAGAAGCCACUGCAGUCUGCUCCUCCGUGCAGAAUUAUCAUGCAAGUUAGCAACCUUCCAAACCACAACUGUUAAUGAGUCCGUUCCAUUCAAAUGAGGACAGUGAGCGCAGACCUGGCCCUACUUUCUCGGCCGGUGGCAGUUCCGAGAAAAGCUGAAGGAUGAAGUGACUGGUGCGGCGAAAUCCUCUCCUUGGCACACGCUUGACUUUUUGGAUGUUUAAGUAGAAAUAAUUUCCCAUAAGAGAUAUAUUUUCCCUACUUAUGUCUCCUGGCAAUGUUCGUCAUACGACGUUCGCCAUGAUCGACUGAAGUCUUACCACCUGAUAAGCUUUAGUGAUUCUUUCGUCGGUGGACUAAUUCUGAGUCGGUGAACCACUAAUUAGGCAGUUCGCGACCAAAAUAGUUGAUAUCCAUUGCAAAGAUUUUGCCCGCUUCACAUUCGAAGGCGUUGUCCGAUCGUCUCACUUUAUCGGCCAUCCUCACCCACGGUAACUUUCCCGGUUCUUCGAUUUGUUAGCUUUUCUCUGGGAUACAGUAAAACAACUGACGUUUUAUUCCAUGUUGGCAGACCAUUCCACUUCGGGCACCAGCAUCCACGGCUACCGCAUCCUUUACUUGCAGCCAUUUCCAGUGGCUCAUUGUCUCCGAUGGUGUUUUCGAGUGUGAACUGAUAAUUUCAGGCAUAUAACGUCGAUUUCCAAUCUAGUCUUCUGCCUCAACAAACAUGAAUUCUUUUAGUUUGCGUCGUAAUAUUGAACUCAAGAGUAUCCUCAGUCAUACCACGUUUCUCACAAAGUUCGCAAGCAUGCUGACCUCUUUCUAAUGUGCACUUCUCGCUCUCUACUAAUCCUCGUUCCUAUUACCGUAGGACGUACCUAUGGCGGUUUCCUCUACAACAUCUCUAUCAAAGCAACCUUCCUCUUCGUCUUCAAGCGUCGGGGCCAUUUCAAGUAACAUGGGAGCUUCUGUUCCGACGACAAAUAACGGAAACGCAGCCGCAAAUUAUGCUUCGAUAGCGGCAACCACGGUUGCAACCACAAAAUCUGAGCUGCGGAUUACAAUUCGGCCGAAUUGGACCGCUGCUAGCAGUACUAGCGUCGGAGGCAGUGGGCCGAACAGUGGCAUCCCUAAUACGUCAACAACCUCCGCAAAGCCACGUGUGGUUGUGGAUGGCAAGCCGUCCUCCUUUUUGAAACAGAUGUUGCACUCCUCGCCUGCGACUAGUUCUAGUGAUACACCGGUAGACAGGACUCCCCUGUCCUCCUUUAUGGCGGGUGUUGCGAAGCCAAAGAAGGAACGCAAGCGCCGAGCCUCCUCAAAGUCCAGCAAGUCGCUUCCACUGCUCAGCGCUGCUGUCGUCUCCAGCACCAGUGAAAUCUCCCCUUCACCGAAUCGCAAGGUCUGGAUGGGUGCUACCUCGACGGUUUCAACGGCAGCUAUGACGGGGACAGCAACCGUUUCAUCUAAGCCUUCGCAUGGUCUCACUGCUAGUUUGAGUGGGCCCUUAACGACGGCAUUUUCGUCAAACAAAGCAGCUACAGUCAAAAAUCGCAAGAAAGUUUCUUCGAUGUCGUCUUACUCAUCCUCGGUCAUCUUUUCAGCGUCAGAGCCCGCUCUAGCUACUGCCACGUCCGUCGCGACGCUGAAACCAACUUCAACCUCUGGCGGCCCGACGAAGAUGAAACUGUCUAGUGAUGAUGCCACUCGAUCCCUAGAGAUGGUAGAACCCACAAUCAGUGCCACCUCAAAAGGCAACGGUCUCAUGAAGGGCUACAAAAUUCCUAAAAAGAAGGCUUCUUCCCCGGUUCAACCAAAUCCUCAAGCCAGUGCCCCCACUACUACACAGCAGCCCACCAGAAUGAGUCCUUCCAUAUCGUCGGAGCUGGACAGUGUGGAGGCUAUUCACCAGUCUUCACCGAGCGCGCCACCACUACGAGACCAAACCCCGGCGUCUGAGACUGACACAGACAUCUUACAGCCGAAGCCGGCCCCCCUGUUGUCGGUGGCAGAAACUGCGUCCACGUCAGCAGAUAGUGCCUGGACGGCCAUGUCGGAGAUUCCAACUCAACAGCAACGUCUGCCAUUUCCACAGUCCUCUGGCUCACAGGCGCAAGUCUCACGAAAGUUGCCAAAAAAUCUGACGGAUAUUGUAGAGCAGCUGCGAGCAAAGUCGACGCGCGAGCACACACACCCUGGCGGCUGCAGUGGUAAUGGAUCCAUUCCAGGCAGUGAGGAAGGUAGUGGCUGGCAGCAGUCAGAAAUUUCGGCUUCGGCGUCGCUAGAGAUGGCUGGAGUGCGAGAGGGUGAGGUGGAAGAGGAGAAGGAGGCGGAAGAAGAUGAAGGAGAAAAGGAUAAGAAUAAAAAAAGAACGACAGAUGUAGCAACAGAUGAAACAGGAAAACAGUCUCGGCCUGGGUUUACCACCUCGCCUCCUCCAGGCAGCGAAGAUACACCGAAUGCCUCGGGAUCGGACAACAUUUUUGAAAAGCUGGGAAGGCAAGUAUCGUCCUGGAUUGCUGUCUUUCUCCGUCCUAGCAGUCUCCCAUGUGUCUUUUCUGUAAUCUUUCAGUUCCUCUGCAACUACAGCAAAAGUUGCGACCAAUGCCACUGCACACCGUCAGCAGGCAUCUUCUGGCGCAGGGAGAGUCUCCGUUAGCGAAGAUCAGUCGUCGAACGUUGCUGAGGGAUCUCGCUCGAGAAGCGGCUCUCUAUCCCAGGACCUUGCAUUUGACGCAACAGUUGCUUCCACCGAGACUUCCGGAGAAACCGGGGCGAAGGUAAGUCCAGAGUGUAUUUUCGUUCAUUUCCAUUGAACUGUAAGUCUACGGCACGCGACCUUCGCAUGCCUGUCCCGCAUUCAUGCAGUAGUCCACUAUCGCUGUUCGUCAACCAUAUGGUGGUAAGACUGGGCGCGGUGACUGACGUGGCCUGUAUGCCCCUGUCUUAUGCGUAACACGCGCGUGUACGGCCGUAGGUAAGGUCACACAGUCCACUUGGGAGACGAAUACAUCCGGCAGUUCGACCGUAACGGAAAACGAUGUCUACCGCUGCCCUACGAGAUGGGCCCAUGAGUGACUUGCACGUGAAUUCGUUUGUCGUGAAGCAUGCACAUGCAGUGCAUCUAGACCACUCUCUUCUACACUCGUCAUACUCUGAUGGCGAGACAAAGUUAGCACGACAGGAGGUUGCCUUGGUCGUCGUGACUGAUGCAGCUAAACAGUCCGUCUACGCGUGUUACACGUGGUCCGAUCUUCACUCCAAACGUUCGUCACUGGUGUUUGAUGUUGGUUUCCGGUUGGCUGUAUGAAAGCCAUUUGUCGGCCCCACUAAGUCGUUUUAAAGAAUGGCCUAAUUUCUUGGCAUUUGUGUUGCAGUUAACGACCGGUGAAGCAGUCGUAGAUUUUGCUUGCAAUGUUGAGAAGAAAGAUAGCCCUGGGGUUAUCUCAGAGUUAACGGUCUUCCUUGCGUUUGCAUAAGAAGACGGUGGUGACGCCGUUAGGGUCCUGGGGGAUUUUCGCCUGUCUUCGUGCCUCCUACGACAUUGUCACGAGCUUCUUCGUGCGCUGAGAACCGCCGAAUUUGUAUAUUUCAGGUGGAAUUAAGUCGGUCUCUGGCGUUUUGUUGUUAGACAUCUUUUGUACGACCUUUCAUAAUUUCUUGCAGGGAGGGCGGACGGUCGAGUUCGACAUUGAUUUCCAUUUCAGUGUGUCAUUCUGUCAGUGUAUGUUGAAUAUUGUGAAUGACCAGUCGGGGACGUCUCUGAGGGACUCUGCACAGCGAUACGACAUUUGCAAAUGUCCCCUCAGAAGUUUUUUUUCGUCAGAGCUGGACAACGGUGAGGCUCGAUGGGUUCGAAUAAAUGCUUCACAUCGUUGCUCUUUGCAUGCUCUUAGAUUUCUUCAGUCUUGCGUGUCGUGUGAGCAUUUCCCGCCUCUCUUCUUCUCUGCUGCACUAGGCUUCGACAUCGAGAGAGUUUGACUUUGUUUGCGUCGUAGGUCGUGUUUAAGCUGUUCCUCUUGGAUAGCAGCUGUCCGAUGUCUUCGUCGGCAUCAUCGAACCAGUCCUGCUGCUCUCGAUGUGCACGACCGAUGACUUCCAGAUCUGUGGCCUGAAUGGCAUCUCUAAGCUCUUUCUGUUGGAUCUCCACGAAAGCACUUUCAACUAGUAGUUGUAUUUGCUCCAGAUUGAGGUUAAGACCACUGCUCACAUUCAAGGGGCGCACAACCGUAUCUAGUAAUGCGUAUUCAACUUACCUGGUGGUGAUGUCUGAGGGGUUCGAAUUGCACUUUCAUCUCCGAGAUGACAAGACGGUGAUCUGUCUGACCAUCUGCACCACACAACGGCCCGGUCACUAGCUUCUCACGCCGGUCGCGUUUCUUGACGAGGACGUAGUCCAGCAUUUGCCAGUGUCGCAAACAAGGAUGCAUCCAUUUUGUCUGCCUCCGGUUCGGAAGAUGGAGGCAUGUGCUAGUGACGAGAAAAUUGGGUUAUGUGCAGGUCUGCCAGAAAUCGUUUAUUCCUUUCGGGAGGCUCGGCAUCCGUCCAACGACGUCCUACUUAAUGGCGAAAGCGACUCCGGCGGUUCGUCGCCCCGCUUUCAGAUGUCCUCUUCAGAAGAUGUAUUCGAACCCACUCCCUCCAUCUGUCGUUCAGAGAAGUGGCUCUCGCUGGUAUCUGCGAUGUCCCUGUUGUGGCGAACCGGUUCUCCGACGACCAGAACUGUCCUCUUUUGUCACUUGGCCAUUGGGUUGUUUAAAAUCGCAUGGACAUUCUUUGUUACCAGAGCGAGCAGUACGACUUUGGCAGAGUGUGAGACGGUAUGGGGAUGGGGACGGGAAGUGGUUAUUGUUCCGUAUAUUGUGUCAAUUUCAUUUUUUUUUCGUGCACAAGCCAUGGACAGUUUGCAGACGUCGUGUUUUGUCAGCAUUUGCAGGGCACAUUCUCUACCCUCCGUCGAGGCGGUGGUAGGCAGUGUCUCCCUGAAUACAACCACCUAAUCAUCCCGGGCGACUGCGAAAUUCCAUAAUGGUUCACAAUUUCGGUGUAGUGGGAAGACAACUCGAAUUAGCCUGGGCCGUCUACGGGAUUGCAUCUAGGCGUCUGCUAGGAGUUUUCAUGUGGUAGUUGGAAUGGCAGGCCAGGAGUUUGGUAGAGGAAUACUCUAUUGGAAACAGGCCCACCGGAUACAUUCAUCUAGUUUAACCCGCCGAUCGAAGCGGCUAGCGGGCUGUGGUCUCUAAACAAGGCACAGCUUCGUUAUGCCACAUCCGAGAGCUGUGUGUCAGUUUAGAGUCGUACGGAGUACCAACCGCGUGUACCAAGUUGUUGAAACGACACGUCUCCUCUACACAGGUAGCCCUCCCUCGUAACUGCAUAGACAAUUGCAUAUUCCUUUUUUUACUUUCUCUCCAAAUUUUUGCUUCUCGAAUUCUUUUAGUUGGUAAAGGCGUUCACUGACACUCCCGACUCGCCAACUGAGGAUGUCCCCUCGAAAGUAUGUGUCGGCACGUCAAGCAAGAUCAUCCCCGUCUCCCCCACGUCGGCUUCGCGCAGAACCCCAACAGUCGCCAGCUCUUGCAGUAGUGGCGGCGGCACCGGCAGCGGCAGCGGCAGCAACAAUUUGCCCGCCGUUCAUGCCUUCCACGAAAAGACAAUCCGCCCACAACCACCGCCACCACCACCGCCUAUCAACCUGCCAGCUCGUGGCAGCGCCAACCCUGGAGGCGGGUAAGUCCCGUCACUUGCUAACUAUUCGAUAUACAAAAUAACUCAGACCGACAGUAAAUGUGUAUUUCCUCAGGCAUUUUGUUGGCCUUGGCGGUCGUGCGAGAGAAUGCAAAUGGGUGGUAAGCAGUCGGACAGAGUUAGUAGGAUAUACUGUGGCGGUUUUUGCCAGUGACUUAAAAUAACUUGAUUUUAAGAACUACUGUUUUUAUGUUUACGGCUUAUGUGAGGGCGAGGUCGUACUCUUCCUCCCCCCUUUAGUCCGGCCUAGAGACUGUACAUACUUGCGUUUUUUAGUCCUUUGAUCAUGGCCCACUUAAAGGUGUUUGCAAUCCUGCAUUCAGCUGCUUGUGCAAUGCUCACUGACUCGAAAGAACCGACUGCUUGUAUCCUGAAAAGGACGACACGAUUGUGCAUUGAUCUUGUUUUUAUCCACUCCCCACAUCGUCACGCGCAUCUUGGAUCUUGAAUGCGAAAUCAAUUUAAGAGUGACAGGGCACUUUUGUCAUGAAAAUUAGGCAACGUUGACAGUCACACUGCUAAGAAGCAUCAAACUCCGUUUUUUCUACUUAUUAGCUCACCGUGCCUUUUCUUGAGACCUGAAGCUUGUGUGGGAUUUUUCAAGGAACAGAGGAAUCAGUAUGUUAUUCGUUAAGCACCGUAAACGAUAAUUUAGACCCUUACGAAGAAAAUGUUGAACUGUUUCAUCUCAUUACUUCAGCUGGGAACUGCUCCUUAUAGCAAGACGAGCUUAAAGUAACCUGGAAUGCUGCUAGUGGUGAUUUAUUGUAGGCUUUAUUGACAAAAAACAAAUACGGACAUUUCAGAUUUGCUCACCGCACGCUAACUAUCAGGCCUUACGGGUAACCAACGUCACUCGAACCCCUUAUGAGCCAAUGGUGGAUGAAUGAGUCGAUACCUAUCAAUGAUAUUUGAAAGACCUUAGUUAAAAAUCCGUAUCAAACGAGUUAUUGCUGAUGGUAUAUUACUCUUGGGUGAUCGACUUCUUAAAAUCUAGGCUGUUUACAAAAAAAUAAAUAAAAUCGGCGGUAACGAUGUUGCGCACGUCGUCUGGUUCGCGCUUGGUGUCCGCCAACUGACGUUGGACGUCCUGAGCUGUCUUAUGGGCGAGUGUAAUUACGGUGGCAGAGUUACAGACGGCAACGAUCGGCACCCACUGGUCUCCCUUCUGGAUAUCUUCUACAGCAAAAAGCUAGUGAACGAAGAAAAUUACAACUGCCCCAUGGCCAUGCCUCCGGUUAUCAAGAGGGAUAAUUGGAGUCACAAUAGUAACUCGCAGAGUUUUUCUGCCAUGUAGUGAAAAUGUAAAUCGAGCAUAAUCAUCUUCCGUGGAAUAACUACACAAGAAUCAUUCUGAAGGAAAGUAGUACUGUGAACAAGAUACUUUAUGACAAAGUCCCGAAACCUUAAGGUUUGUGAGCGUCUGCUGUGCAGUCUGGUAUGUGCUGACAGUUCUCUGGCACCUGGUUCCCUUCCUGCGUGUGCCCUCCCGAUGGUCAUACAGAUCGUGUGCACGGUUGCCCGGUGACUUGUGUCAUCCUUCUCUUUGACCCGUUUUUGUUGUUGGUCAAGUGUUUGUUAGGGACCAUGUGGGGUGUGGUGGUACUCCUAGAUGCGGGUCCGGCCGUGUCGGCCACCUGCGCCCUCUUUCUCCUCCGGUCUUUUUGAAUAUAUCUUGACACCGGGCCCAGGUGGGGAGGAGAGAGCGCGGUAGAUGCUGCGUAAGUCUACCCACACUAUAAACUUAUUUACGUGUAAGUCACCAUGCCUGCUUCACAUUGCUGUAGAGCACACGGUGGGCAUCGUCUGUUCGGACGGUCACAAUGUCACUUAGUGUUUCGAGUCAUGCACACACCAGUUUAAAUUUUGCAUUUCUAAAGGCGGUUUCUGGUACGGUACUGACCGCAUUGUCUAUAGUUUUUAAGUAUUUUAUCUAUUCCUAAGAUGAUGUAUACUCUAUUCAUUCUUUGUAAUUUCAAUCAUCUGUGCCGCUUUUUGUUUUCAGUCCUCGUUUUGGCCCGGGCUAUCAGAGGGGAUCGUGGACGAACCGCCAUUUUAAUUCCGUAUGUCCCUGCUCACCCACUCUGUUCGAUACCUGCUCUUUUUGCCUCCCUGCAGCGACCCCUAAAAGAUUAUUUGAGUUUGCUUCCGUUUUAAAAGUGUAACUGUCUAUGCAGAAUUGAUCGCCACUGUGCCUAUCCCUGUCUUCUCCGGUUGACCUUUCAGAACAGACCGCCCAGCGCGAGCUUUCCCGGACACGCCUGGGGCGGCCCACGCAGGCUCCCGGGCUAUCGUGGCCCCGACCCCGGACCCGGAGCUCCGGUGGGUCUGGGCACUACAGGUAAUUGGGGCAUGCAUCCGCAAGGAGGCAUGUUUCGGGGUCACUUUCCAGGCCCUGGUGGCCCACCUGCACCCAGCUUCGUAGGUGGCCCGUCAUCCCUUGGUCCAAUGAACCGGACGCCAACGAAGAAAUGAUCUAUCAUCUGAUUCUUUUCCUGUUUCGCCUUCUCUUUUUUUACUACUGUCUCCGUUUCGGAAAUUUGUCAUUUACCAUCGUCAUGCCCGUCUGUAUAGUAACUUUUUAUCUAUCCACCAUUCCUUUUGUGAAUAACACCUUUCGCUUUGAUCCCAGCUGUGCCUUUUUAAAAAAUUAUUUUGAGAAACAGGGUACUAGGUGGGAUAGGACGGUCGUUAUAACUGAUUUUAUGAAGAAACCUAAUCAGCCGGACUUGAGAUUUAAACUGUUUCUUUGAAUCUGAGGGAGUAUAGUCUGUUGGCCUUCCAGCCACAAAACCUUCGACCUGCUGCAUUUUAUUCUUAAUAGUUGUUAGUAGCGAUGAUAACUGUUCUGCAACACUCCGAGUGUACAGUAUGACCUCACGACCGCCCUCAAACGGCCACCCCUCGUUGUGUAAUGCAAAUAUCGAACAAGCAAAACACGUGGUAUUUAAAUCAAUGCAUACGAUUAAAAAGCACCAAGGUUCAAUGCCCGAGUUAGCCUAUUGAAGGUUGAUAUACACGGACCUCUCUCUAGGAAUUGUGCGGACGUGGAAGUCAAGCCUGCGUGGCAUGGAACACGCUCACUCUCAAGGUAUUAGUGGAGUUAGAAGUGGAUGAAUGUAAAAAGCGAAAAGUUUGAAUAAAAAACAAUAAACGGUAGUGGUAAGUUGAUGCGGUCUACUUAAUUGGACAAGUUCGGCCCAACCCUCCAAUUGCAAGCUGCCUUAGUUGAAGUUGGGUCGGAGACUGAGUGCGACUGAGGACUCGGAAACUGUCCGAGUUAAUGUAAUCGCCGCUAAUUAUCAAGCACUUACUAGUGGAUAGAUGUCAUUUUCUGCCUACAUCCUUUGUGUUGAACCGGUAUACUUUCGUUCACAAGUGUAUAUUAACCUCUAAACACUCGGAACCUACGUAGUUGUAGCGUCCGACACUUCCCAUCUUGAUUUAUACGGCCAGGUUCUAUGAGGCGAGCAGCACUGCGGGUGACAUCAGAGGACACAUCAGGAGCCGACUUCGUAUUAGCGUCGCCAUACUUUUGAAUAAAGCUGACAGGGCAGAUGUUCCUUUAAUGCACUUUUGAAAGGUUGGAUUUUAUCCAGAGAAAAUUGUUUCAGACGGGACCUAGGCAAUAUUUUCUCUCAUGCGGGCGCUAAGAUCAGCGGGUUCACACAGCGUAGGAGCCCCAUUGUCAUCCUCUUCUCUGUGCAUUCGAAGAAGGCGGCCCCUUGCCCUCUUAUCCAACUGUUAAUCUAGCCGUCUUACACAAUUUAUUUGUCAUGGCAUUGGACAGAUUUACUCCAUUUUGACUCUGACAGUCAGUCGCACGUAGUUCACGCCGCUGAUAUUACAGCGAACCGGGAACUAAGUGUCAUGACCCGUCCUGGUAUUCUGCAAUAAUGCAGACUGUAUGCACGCUUGUCUGUUGUCCGAAACCACCAACACGGCAGAGCGAAACACGAUGGGCCACAACAAAAUGUAUGGUCAUCUGCAAGUCGUUCUCGCGUAAAAGCUGAGUGCAUUUGUAACGUCCCGUAUUGGUUCGUUGGAAUUCCGCCCAAUUCGUCCCAGAAAGAGAAGAACGACCGAGCGACUUCCCGCUGGCACGGACCAUCGGGCUACAAGAGCGCACUGUUUUUGCAGCCAAUGGCGAGACGCUAUUGAUGAUGUGCUUGCUAGGUAACACCCUAUGAACUGUGUUGUGUCGUCUGAGCGAAGUGAACACUCUCGGCUUCGAUGUGGGAUAGUGUUGGUGUAACGGCUUAUCAGCGAGAGUAGCCAGUGCACUUCCCUUUUUGCUGCCGACCAUCAUACCGCAACCCGUCCUAACUUUUCUCCCACUACGUCGACUCCUACAGCCCUCGCCUGCAGUUGUCUAAAACUCUUCGUUCCCACCGGGUGUUUAUCAGGCGUGUCAGCGUCACUUCACCAUCCUCUGUUGUAACUCAUCCUCUCUGCACGUUCGACCAUUACCAUACAUACUCCAUUUCCUCCUGUCUCCAUUAUACAUUUAUGGCCACCAAAUUCUCCCACCCUUUCUCCUGGAUGACUGCAGUGAAGUGUUUAACAACUUUUUCCAGCUCGGUCCUAGCUAAGAUUUAUUCUCAAUGCUUCACUUAUUCCGUGUGUGUGCUACCCUCGACGUCAUCGACCACUAAAUCGGUAUGCUGACAAUCAUAGGCAAGGCGUACGCAUGUGCUUUUAAGAGAGAUCGAAUGACUUUUCUGGGGUGUGUGAGCAUUCCCAGCAGUAUGAUAACUUUAUGUGUACUGAGAUACGUGAAGCAGAAACGGCCGGUAAAAGUAGUACCUUCUCUUGUUAGGGUAGUUAGGCCCUAGUCUCCAAAAGCUGAAUGUGUACGUGGCGUACACAUUUGCUCGACGCGCCUUCACGGGAGUUUCUUGAGACCUUUAUGCGAAAUCUCGUAUAGAUCCAGUGUUCAGUUAUUGUAGUCACUAUCUUUCUCUCCAAACUAUCUUUUCAAAUAGGUAUUGAAUGCGCCACAGGAUCAAAUCGGUAAGCCCCCUGCUAUGUGAGAGAAAAACCCUGCCUUCCUCGUGGGAUUUGACUGAAUCUCCAAAACAUACUUCACAUUCUCUCCGGUGUCAUGAUUUUUAUGUCUUAAUCAGGUUACUCGUGGAGCGGAUUUGCCCAUACAUUUCAGAAGGCAAAUGUAAUGAUAUUUCAGAAAUGAACACUCUUUAGUGGAACAGCACGAGUGUCCAUCAAUGCCGGUACCGAAGUUGAGGCGUCCAGUGCAGCACGUAAUGCAACAAGUCAUGUGCGCAGCUGAGUGAAGAUGCUCACCAAAAUCUGUGCAACUCAUCGACUGACAUGGACGCUAUAAGCCAAACAGCCGGCUCGUCGAGAGCUAGCCAGCCAAGUGAAGUGUCAGAAGCAGUGACUCUGACUAAAAAAACUCAAAACGAUGCCGUGUGUCCACCACGAGGCCCACAGUUUGACAAAAAUGAGAAUAUAGCCGUAAAGCGGUCUCGAAGUUUAUGCUGCAAUCUACGAUCAAGAAAAAGGACAGGAUGCAGCCAGCGGUUUUGUCCAUGAUGGAUCACUUUGUAGUUGUCCAGGCAGUCCUUGUGGGUCCUGUCGAAACCCUGAAGGACAGGAUCAAGCAUGAUCUGACAUUCGACAGUUUACUGCGUAACACCUAUGAACCCGGUGAGGUAUGCGAAAUUUGAAAGACUUUCCGUUAGGGACAUUUAAUUAGAAAUAAUGCAAAAUAGGUGUGGCUGAGGCCGUUGAAAGUCGUAUCGGAAAACAAGAGGUAGAUAUUACUUUGCGCCGAAAACUCAGACUACGAAAAAACAAUCGCGGAGUGGCGUCUUAUCCGUAUUCCUUUUCUAUCGAUCAGAUGAAAAGGAGGGCACAUUUGACCGAACUAGGAAAGAGUCAGAGCGAAGACAAAAUAAGCUUAAGAAUAGAAGACAGUCAAAUCAUAAAAACCGGAGGCUUUUUUCUAUAGAAUCGUCCGGUGAAAGUUGCGGUACAUACACCUGCGUUUAUUUCCAUCAAACAUCAAAAGAUUCGAAAUCUUACAGCAGUAUUUGCCAGUCGCAAUAAAUGUCAAACAAUUUCCGGAGAUCGAAUGCACAUCAUUGUAAACAAAUCUGUUAAACAAAUUGGAUAAAUCGAAGUGAUCGUGGUUCAUUUCCAGACCGACCUUCUAACUUUCAGUGAAGCAUGGCUAAAUGUGCAGAUAGAAGACGCAGAAUUCUUGUUAGACGGCUUCCGGUUUAUUCUCGCGGACCGAAGUGCACUAAGGUGUGAGUGGAUUGCGGUGUUCAUAGAUGAUAUCAUUUGAUGCUUCACUCAUGUGCCUUCCCCAAGAAGGGACGUCGAUUGUGAAAUUCCAACUGAAUGCUUGAAAAUAACAAAUCGACCGUGCCGCUAUAUUAUCCUGCUUUACAAACCCCCGGACAGUUGAAGAGGGCAGACUAUGCAAUCGUCAUCGCGUUAAAGAAAAUUUUUCGUUUCAAACAUGUAAUGCUACUUGGAGACUUACACCAUCCAGACGUAUAGUAAGAAUUGAUGCAAUGCGCACAAGUAAAAGACCUUCCCAACAUGUUUAAAAGGACACGCAAGCCCGCGAUGAGCAGUAGUCAAGUUUUCUGGAACUUAUCAUUACUAUGGACGAUAAUUGCAUUUCCCGCUUUGGUUCUCACACGUCCCAUGGCCAAAGAGACCAGUGCAUCCUUGUUUGGGAGCGCAGUCAUUUUUCGGUACUCGAAAUUAGCGCAAUUUAGGAAAGAAAUAUAGGCGAAGGGAUUAUUUCCGAAUGAAAAAGCGGUAGGACUGACUCAUAGGGCCUUCAAAACGGGAAAUGGUAAUAGGAAACGCCUGCAAUACGGGUGGCGUUAAGCCUAAGUUCAGUCAAAUUAGGGCUCUGAUUAGGUUGAGGACUAGGUUUAAGGCUAGAUUUAAGGUUAACGGAUCAAGUUUGGGGCAAAAGUAGGAGCUAGUGUCAAUCGCGGGGUUAAAGUUAAGGUCAAGAUUAGAGCAACAGUUUGGCGUUAUCCUAGAGUUAUUGCUGGAGUUAGGACACGGGAAUGCUUUUCCCUCCCAGGAAUUAUGUGUAGGUCUAUCUCUGUUAUUUGGGGGGAGGGGACGUACCAGUUGCCAUGUCCUAUUUAAGGGGCCACAUAAGUCAGUCCUACCGAAAAAUCUACUGAUGGAGAUAAACGGGGAUGUCGUACAAGAGAGGAUCAAGCGCUUCCCCUCUCGAACGGGUGAUGUCGGAUAUAAGGUAGAACCCUAGAAUAAUAAGGAGACUCUGCAAAAAGUACGCCAAAUGUCAACAACCAGAGCAUUCACCGAUCUUAAAAACGACGAAAUAUAUGUCGAAAUCGUCUAGGACGAGGGGGAGGGGGAAGCAACAACACUGGAGUCAAAAUGGUCGAAGGAAUACUGAGAAAUCCCAAAACUUCUUCGGUUAUGUGAAUGGGGCAAUACGCAACUGGAACUUUAUCCUUGUCUAAAAGAUUGCCGGGAAGUGUGUUGUCUAAUAACUUCGACUAGGCGAACUUCUUAUCCGAUUUCUUCACGUCCGUGCAUUCUCCUGUGUAUCCAAAAUUCGAACAGUUGAGGAAAAAAUGUGUGGGAAAGGAACUGCUCCGAAAUGAAUGAGAUUAAUUGAAAUUCAGCACAAAUGCCUGGCCCAAAUGUCGCCUGGCUCUCCUUCAAGAACCUAAACCAGUACUUGGUAGGCGGCUUUCUCGUCUUGAGUCGUUGCCGUCGGAAAAAAGGAUGAAUCUCAAGACGAAAAGAUUACGAGGGAAAUAAUUUAUCCAAAAAGACGAACCCCUUAUCCGAUUUCUUUAUGUCAGCGUAUACCGAGGAGCCGCCUUCUGACGAGACAUUAUACCCUCAGUUACCACACCUGACGAAUAAAUUAACACGCUGGCCCUCACGCAUUCCCACUAUGAAAAGCUCUGGGGCAGCCAAAGGCCAAUAAAUCGCCUAAUUCGGGUGGCUUAUCCGCAAAAGGUCUGCAUGAACUCGCAUACCAACUGGCCUCCCCGCUCUACAAGAUCACUGAAUCUUCAAUGGAGAGUGGGGCUCUGUCUGCUUACUGGAAGCAAACAAACACAAUCCCUAUAAAUAAUGAGGUAAGAGAACAUCGCCAAAUUGCUUUAGACCACUAGGUUUCACAAGCAUCUGUUUCAAACUGAUAGCCAAAGUGGUAAAAACAACUUGCUAUGUGGGCCUCAGCACUGGUUUAGAAGGAGUCGAUCGUGCCCAACUAGCAUACUCAUAUCCAUGUACGGCUGGACUAAAUGUGCUGAAGUGGAUUUAUUAACAGAUACCUUCUGCAUGCACAUCAGAAAUCGUUUACAGUAUUUCACACACAUAAGUUAUAUUUAAAUUAUGUACGUCGAAUGGGAGUGCCAGAGAAUCUACUGAAAUGACUAGUUACAUUACUCACAGGCGGAUUUCAGCGUAGUCACAUUGGUGAGGCCAAAUCGGAGGGGGCAAUCGUUUACGGUGGCGUCCGCGGGAAGUCUUCUGAGUCUCAUUUCCGUCUUUAGCAAAUAGGAACAACUGCCUCUAUUACCUGAACUAAGAUAGAUUCAUGUAACCUGAUGGUCUCAGACCGUAAAAUUUACAGCCGAAGGGUGACCGCGUGAGUCGCUAUUUAAUGUUCUCAGCAUUAACCAGGUCACUCUCUAGUAAGUGGUCACUGACAACGCGUCCGCACUCCGUCGUUUCCUUCUGACAUUACUGCUGAUCUGGCUUUCAGUAGGUGAUUUGGUGUUUUCGCGAAAUCAACGUGUAGCAAAAAGGCCACGGUGGUGCGGUUUCCUUCUACAGCUAAUUUUCUACAUUUGUCUACGGAUUUAGUUUUGGACUUAGGGAUGAUGGAGGGCGGGGUUAGUGUAAGUUAUUACCGUUUCCGCAAUAACUGUGGGCCUACACUCCGCAUCGAGUGUUGGGUAGGGAUUGGAUUAUAGUCUUAGGUCUAGAGUUCGCUUCAGGAUUUAAGUUAGUGUUAAGGCCUAAAAAGUACGGUUAUCGUUAGAGUUUAAAGGUUAUUUUUAAGGUUAAAGUUAGAUUUAGGUCUAGUGUUGGGGUUAGGUUAGGGUUUAUGAUUGGGGCUAGAUUUGGGGUAAGGGUUAGUUUUUGGAUUGGGGUAAAGUUAAGGAUUAGAGCUAGGGUUGAGAUCCGGACUGGGGUUAGACUUGGGGUUUAAAAAUCAGGUUUAGGUAAAGGGUCAGGGCUUUAGGACUAAAUUUUGUAUCAAGUCAUACUUAAAGGAUAAGCUUGUGGCUAGUUUACUCGCUAGUUUGCCCGGCCUAGUUUGAAAUUUGGGUUGACCGUUGAGGUUUUUUAUUUCGGUUUGUCGUUCUCGUCUGUAAUGUAUGUUGGUCACCUAACUUGCUUUCUAAAGUCCGCUUAGCGUCUUAUUACUUAAGAUUAGUUAACUCUCAAAUCGAAUAAGUUGGACAUCUUGCCUGGUUAUAGGCGCUACGUUCGCUUGUCUGGUUGCUGCCUUGACAGUACAGCACUACUUUAUGUCUGUAUUUAUGUAGCAUUCCAUUUACACCGCUUGCAUCUCUUUUUUUACCCCACCACGUUUCUGUUUCUACUUAAGUUUUACUUCCUACGACUGCGCCCCGCCCAUCCGAUAUCCACAAUGCUUUCUACGAACGCAUUCGCGUUACCUUUUGUUAUAAAUGCUGCCGUUGUUGUGGUCACGAUCGCAAGUCUACCGCUGAAAUGUUUAGGCCUACAGGCACGUAAUUUUGCCAGAUGCUUCGCGCUGAAUAAUGUGCCCGUCCACAGUUUCCGAUGCGGUAGAUUGUGGCCACUUUUAAUUAGGUUACGCAGACCGCUUUUCCUUACGCUCACUGCAUGACUUGCUUUGUUGAUAUCGAUCUUAUCUUUCAAUUGCUAACCACCAAUCUUCAUUGUUAGUUUAUGAUUUACGCGCACCUUCUAAAGCACACAGCCGUGCGGUUGUGGUCGCCUCGGUAUCAUUCCCCCCAUCCCCCACCCAUCCCCCAAUCCGCCGCACUUACGAAAAGUGCUCGUCCGCUUAUCAUACCAGUCUCAGCAGACAUUCUACCGUUGUUUGAGUUCCAGUGCUUGGAUAUUAGCACUACGCUUAGCACGAUACCUCGUCAAGAAGCGUUGUGAUAGUCUUUGCUUACCGACGGAAUGUCCCCCUUGUCGCUCAAGCGCGUUCAUAUCGGCUAAUAUUUUGCAGUUUCCGACAUUUUUGGUCUCCCCAUAACGACUCGCAUAUGUGAUUACACAGCUCGCACGAUCUGAAAGUGUGUUUCGGCUCCGCCGCUUUCCAUCAGCUCAACCAGAACCCCUCGGUGUGCCUUAAUAACUCUUCUCCAUUUCCACGUGAGUGCAUUACCUCCACCUUCCGAUCGACAAGCAAUGGGGUGCUCACCGGCGGUCGUGCACUGACCGGUUCGUUAUAUUUGGAUCUUGUGGGAGAAUAAUCACUUUACCCGAUACGCACACGUCGCUGCUUGUUUUAGUUUCUCUGCAGGGCCUCCUGACCUCAGUAUUCACUGGUUUUGGCCGCUUAAUCAACUACACCAACGACUCUUACACAUCCGCCUCUCAUCCCCUAACCGUUUAAAACAGCUUCUGUAUGCAUGCUGUUCCACGUUUAUCGACCUUCGCUCGCCUUCUACUUAUGUUAUCUGUCUUAACUUCGCUUGCGUGACGUCUGCGGGCAUGCGGCGGCAUCCCGCAACUUGUGCUUGAAAGAAUUAGCUUCCCUAGAUGUUGCACUUACGGUUUACUGUUUACGUAGUUUCCGCCAUUCGCGAAUUGCACUAUCUGAUAGGGUUUGGCUUACUUUCUGUCCGCCGGCGUUCUACGUGCGCCAUCAGCAGGAACGAUCAGAGCAGUACCGUUCGAGUCCACCGCCGCAUACCGCAUCUUCAUCGUCGUGUGUUGUACCCUUCUCCUUUCGCGGGUCAACGCAUGCUGCCUUCGGAAGUUGUCCAGCCCCUGUUGCUUGUGAUGUACACGUCAUCGUCCAUGAUAUCCCCUACGCUGCCUUCUCUCCAAGCUUCUCCGCAGCUCCGGAACCUUCCUUGAGUAAAUAACAGAAGAAAUUUCGGGGAUUUAAUAACCCUGCUACUAGACAAAACAAAACUUGGGACAUUUAGCGGAUUAUCGGAAAGCGGCACAGAAAUAUUUCCUUCAUACGCCGAUGUCCAGUACAAACAAGAAUACAUACCCCAUUCGGUCCGCAAUCAUCCAGUCUGAGUUUGUUAUAGACGGCUCCGUUUCAUUUGUCUUCCAGGAUGGUCAGUCGGUUGAUUGGUUUUGCUUCCGCAUAUGGCCUCGUACAUUGCGAAGGCUUCCACCAUUUCAGUUUAUUUCAGUUUAUUUGGUAAGGAUAAUAGGCAAUGCCUUUGAAAACCCUAUUGAUUACAUGUCAGCUCGUUAGAAAUAACUGCACACAAACAAACAAUGUUCACUAUUAAAACAGUACUUGGUUCAUUUGAGUAGCAUUGUCUCAGAGAAAAUAUUUGUCUGGACCAGGGGCAUUAAUUCAGAUUCAGGCUGUCGAGGGAAAACAGGGGACACAAAUUAUCAUCCAAGCGUUUCUUGAAGAGUUGCAGGGAUGUAGCUUCCACGACUGACUGAGGGAGAUCGUUCCAUUUCUCCACUACCCUCUGCGUGAAAAAUUCAGAACGAAGAUUCAGCCUGGACAUUGUUGCCCGUAACUUCAUCGAGUGACCACGAAGAUUGGGUGAAAGGUGCCAAUGAAGCAUGUCCUCAAAUUUAAGUCCAUACUCGAGGCCAUGUAUUAUCUUGUAGACGAGGAUAAGAUCACCUCUUUGUUGCGUGUAACACAGAGGGAAUAAAUUAAGGCAAUUCAGUGGGGCCGAACAAAUGUGCCGUAAACUCUCCGAAAAAGGUCUUGGUCAAAGUUAACAAAAGCCCUUUUUAUUGCAUGCAGCACUCCCAUGGCGUUUUUUGCAGCCUUGUGGCACUGCAGAGUUGGUUUCAGGUUGUUCUGUAUCCAUACCCCGAGAUCCUUCUGUGAAGAUUCGGCGGGGAGCCUUAUAUCUUGCAGGUGAUAUGUCCUCAGGCUCUUAUUCGAAUGAGAGUUGGCUGGACGCAGAUGAAGGACGGCACACUUCUGCACAUUGAAGUCUAGAAGCCAUUUCUCCGACCACGCUUGCAGUCGGUGCAGAUUAUCUUGAAGGGAUCUGUGAUCAUUCGGACCCUUGAUGACUUGCCAGAGCUUAACGUCGUCUGCAAACAUUAUUUUGCAGCAGUCGAGUUCCUGAAGGCUGUCGUUAACGUACAGGAUGAAGAGAAAUGGUCCCAGAACUGAGCCUUGCGGCACACCACUGGUCACAUUCACCCAUUCUGACAUAUCAUCCCCGACCCAGACACGUUGUUUCCGACCAACCAGAAUCGUCUUAAUCCAGUUCAGAAGAUCUCCCCGGAUGCCGAUGGCGCUCAAUUUGUGAAGAAGGCGUUGGUGCGGAACAGUAUCGACAGCUUUGCGGAAAUCAAUGUACACAAAAUCGACCUCAAAACCCUCUUCUAGAGCCCUCGUCCAGAUCUCCAGACAAGCUAGCACAUUUGAGAGGCAGGAGCGUCCUCUCCGGAAGCCAUGUUUAAAAUCCUGCAAGAUGUUAUUUGUCACACUAAGGCUUCCCGUAACUCCAGCAUGUUGUCACUUUUCAGUAUAAACCACAGUCGAUACUGCACUUCUUCGAGAUGUGUUCAAGCGAUCCUUCCAGACGGUGGGCCUGUUUCGUGUAAUACAAGCUUCAGCCUACUUCAGGAGGUCUCUGUCGCAUUUGUGUGCUUGACCGUUAUUUAGUUGACAAAUGUUGCACUGUCGUUUACAGUACAGCGCUGGCGGCCUUCAGAGAAUAGGCAGAUGUGCGUGUGCUGCUCGUCGGCUACAGUUAUGCUACCCUCAGCUACCCAUUUCUUAAUCACGGCUUUAAAUGCAGGCCAGCUUCGGUUGUUAACUUGGUCGGAGAAAGUUUUACUCCUCUUCGUAAUUUACAUCCCUACAAUCCAGUACUGCCUCCUGCUACUUUCUGCAUUUUACUUCCGUCGGCUAAUUAGCGUUGCAAAAAUUUGGAUCUCUGCACCAGGACCUCCAAUUUUCUUCAUUGCUCUCAAAUGUGCUUCUGAGCUGGCAUUAAAGCAUACACAGUGCCACUCCAUAGCGGUGUUCUGGUUAACCCCAAAAUAAGCCACACACAGCCUAAUACGAGCCUCAUCGACGAACUGGUAGCAGGUCCUCAUUAUCUUCGACAGCGUCAGCUCGUUUCCUGUAAAUAAAAAUCCGGUUCAAAGGAACUUCUGUCUUCUGCAGAGACCGCAUCUAAACUCAAGAUGUUCGGCGUUUCGCUGGGGCCUGCCGCGUCAUGUUGUGACGGCACAGACACUUAAACUUCCAAGUCAGCAAAUUCCACCCCUUCCCGCGUUCGCUUUUUGGCUUGCGGUCCCCUUCUCCGAUAGCUUGCACUGCCUCGCGCCCUGCGGUUACGCAAAAAAUAAAUAUAAUCUUCCAGGUAAAAUGAUCAUCUGCCAACCAAAUACCGGCUCGUAGACCUUGCUAUAUUUAGAAAUCCGUUACCCUCGUUAAAAUCUUGUCUCCAUUGUCUUUCUUUUUCGCACACUUCAAAUAAUUACAGCAACCAAUCGCAAACCAUCUCCUACUUGGCUCGGUCAUGUUUGUUCAAGAAUAUACUUAGUACAGACCGUCACUCAGGGAAAGUAUUUACUCUUGAAAUGAGGUCAUAUUUGUAGACAAGCCUCCAAAGUGGAUCCAAGUGGUCACAAGUGGGAAGAACUUCCCAAGAGUACACACCAAAUAGACGGCGACUUUCAUGAACUGUCGAUACCUGAUGGUUUGGAUAAUGAUAGGGUUUAGCGAACGAUUAGUCUGAAGUUCAUCAACAGAGGCCAUCAGUAGGCAUGUGUUCAUCGAUAUCCUAAAGGAUGCAUUCGGUUACAGUGGCACUGACCGACUUCAAAUGGACACUGUAAUGUUGCAGAAUAAACCUUGUUCUGACCGCCCAAAGGAGGUAUGAUUCUAAUUUAGCCGAGAGCUUACGUCGACCAGUGACUUUUGCUCUCAUCUUGUCUCGAGGCGAGUUGUGAUUAAGAAAACUUCUGGCAGAAAAGUUGACUGAAUUUCAGCUAGGGGCUAACGAUGUAAAAAUAAAUUACAAGAGUUAGAGAGAAAUCGGAUGCACAAAAUGAGAUUUGCAGAGUGCGAUUAGUGAACAACAGGCACAGAGUAGCAGAACUCAAAGGGAUAUGGCAGGUAGUUCUGAGAGAAGAGGCCCGUAUUUAAGGAAAUUCAACCAGAAAAACAAGGGCUAAAAUCGUAAGGUCUCACAGAAAAUCCACUUAAAAUAAUAUUCUCCAAUUAUCUUCAAAUUUAAAACCAGCGGCUCGACCCCAUUGGAAUGCUUGGGGAGUUAGAACAGGGAUAGGCUUGUUCGUAAUCAAAUUAUGGACGAACAGGUAGGAGGAGAAAGAGGAUGAGGAGGAGGAGGAGGAGGAGGAGGAGGAGCCUAGAAGUAAAGUAGAGGCUGGUGGGAAGAAGUCGGGCAGCUAUAAGAAUAAAAGGGUGGGAAACCAGGUUUAGGUUGAGAGUCAAAUGACUGAGGUUGAUUUACCUGAGAGCAGUUUGCCUCAAAUGGUGGAAAACCUGAAAUAGAUUGUGGGAUAAACGACUAAGGGCAAAUUACGUGUGAAUUACUUACUGGAUAUAUGGUAAGGCUUUGGUAGGCAACCGGUACACAGGACAGAGAAUUAUUUGGUUAUAUAAUUGGAGCUGUGGAGGUUGUAGACGUGCUGGAUUGUAAAGGCUUGGUAAAGCUAAGAGAAGGCGGCGUACCCCUAAAUGGAACUGUACUACCUAUCUUUUGGGUCAGAGUCUGAUUCAUUUUUCGAGUCUCACCGUUCUGACGCCAAGCCACGGGUGACUUAACUGUAGACCUUACAGCACCCAGUUGGACAAGAGAAGUUAUCGGUCUAGCUGAUGUAGACGGAUUUUCAUGUGUCCCAGCGGGGCUAUCCGGAGGAUACGAAUCGACAAAUGGGGCUGCUAAUGCUAAUUUAGGAGCAGGCGUAUGCGCCUUGUGGCCUGAGUGAGAGGGAGGUGUAGGAGAAAGGGGAAUGAUGGAGUCAGAUGUCGCAGAAGUAGGACCAGCUGAAUCCUCAUGGUCACUUGCAUUAUGACCGAGUUGGUGAGCAUUAGACUAAGAAGCAGAGGGUUUAUGUGAAAGGAGACACCCGAUUCUUCGCCCCAUGGGAGAAAGAUCAUGAGAAAGGAAAAAUUUUGCAUCUUACAGGUGCGCAAAGACGCGAUCUGUAUGGGCAACUAUUGUGUCAACCUCGAUUAAUGAAAACAACUUUACAAAGACGGGCGGAUAUUUGCUACGGGCAGACGAAAUUUUUGCGUCGGUUAUUUUGUAGUUGAAACCACAAGAAUACAGGAAAUUCGUCGCAACAUCAACUGGCCGAGCACAUCGAGGGCCAUUUUUCAACAAAAAGUUGUAAGCACGCCUUUGUCUAUUAUUAGAUUCUCUGGCGAUCAGGUGAACAAGUGAGUCAAGGGGUCUGCAUUCUUGAGAGUGAAUAUCGGAGAUGCUCCCGUCGAAUAAUUUUCCAAGAAUUGAGAGCAGAGUAAUAAACUUUGCUACAAGAUCAUUAUAGUUGAAAAAUGCAGGAAGAUUAAGCUGCCUAUCAGCCACAACAAAAAAGAAAGCCUUCUCAACCUGACAGCAUGGCAUCUUUAUUUCUGUCAGUAGACUCCCUCGUGGAUGUGUGCUUACCAGUGGGCCUCCAAAACAGCGCGUAUUCAGAAACUCAAGACCGUCCAAUUGAGAGUUCUCAGACACCCGAUUUUAAAGAACCCUCUUUAACCUGCAUAACUGAAUAUUAUCUCAAUAAAUAGACGUUUUCAAUGCAUUCUUGUGACUGAUAAGUAUUCAACCAAGAGUCAUCGCAAGCAGUCCCACAUCGUCUAAUUCAGGAUAAAUGAGGGAUCGAGACAGGGCUCUGGAAAACCCUAUUUACAGAUAGACGUUUGAAAAAAACAUGCAGAUAAUUGCAUAGCAGUUAUGGCAGUCAUUGAUAUCGUGUAAAUGUCUGACCAUUAAGCAUAAAUUUAUGUGGUCUUCUUUUAGAGGCCUCAACGUUUUCCGCUAAGACAACGAAGUUCGGUUAUUUGUCCCAUAAUUCAACCAGCCGGUGGGAGAAGAAUUUGGCCCGCAAUUCGAAUUGGGCAUAUUUUAACUUCAAUUUGUACCGGUGCACUCGAAGAUUGGUCGUCCGCGCCAGGUCGAAGAAAUCGUCAAACUGCAGAACACAGUCUAGUAUUCUGACGAUCCUAAAUGCCGUGAUCAAAUCCCCUCUGCAUUGUCUACAACAGGGAGGAAAUAUUUUUUUGCUUUUCCAGGGGUCUGUCAUAAGGUUAGCUACUUAAUCCGCCGACUAGCUUGGUCGCUAUUCGUUGUACGUUCUCCAGUAGGGUGUAGUCUUGUUUCGCCUAGGGACAACAGACCUGGACGCAAUAUUCCGACACUGGCCGAACAAAUGUUCCGGAUACUCGGCUAAAAAGUUCUUCGUCAAAAUUCAGGAAGGAUCUUAUAAUCGCACCUAGGAUACCCAUAGCUUUCUUUGAUGCCUUGGCGCAGUGAGACGAUGGUUUGAGAGUUGACGUAUUCCACAAACCGAGGUCUCUUAAAGUAAGUGCAGAAAAUGGGCAGCUGAUAAUGUCAAGGGAAAUCGGGAGAACAACUUCUGACGUAUAAAAACUUCUAAGCAUAUUAGUAUUGCUUCACUGAGGAACAGAACCAGAGAUCCUUAAUUGUCAGGGUGGGAGGCAAGCGGCACUGCUGGUUUUUGUAAUAUACUAUUUAGAAAACAAGCCUUUUGCGUGUGUUCAUGGAUUAAGAGUGACCAGUCUCUUGAUUGAAGGCCCGACUAACUUCUACGACUUUGUAGUCAACAUAGCGGAGUUUAUACCGCCGUUAAUCUGUCAACUUGUUCACCGUAAUUUCAUAUGUUUGCGGCCUUUUUUCACCCAGGUGCAGAAGCCAUCCCCGUUUUUCGUCUCCUGGCCAUUUAGCCCGAUCCAACCUGCAAUCGGUGGGAAAAGCUGCGCUUAGUUCCUCGCGAUCACAAUCAUGAGUCAUCUCCAGACAUGUUAAGCAGUCUGACCACGAAGCGCGUGCGUAGGUGCGUUCAGGAUUUAAAGUACUCAUUUGUUCACUUUCCCGUACGUUAACUUAACGUUCGCGAUCGAGCUGGAUCAUCCUGACCAGACGUAAGGAUGACGCAUAAUCAUAUGCGCAAACUAAGCUCAGCUCCCCCUCUGCGCCGGCAGGUUGUAUAGAGACAGGUUGCUGCGAAACACUCUGAGUAGCUUAUGAACACGUACACAGGGAGGCUGUUAUGUUGACUUCUUAGCUCCAGAGGCUAGUAAGGCCAUUUGUCGAGGGAUUGUGCACGCUUAGCUCACAAACAUCACCGCAGGAAUCAGCAAUGUUGUUGUUCGGACUGAUAACUUCAAGAUGGUGGUUAUUUUUCAAUUAUUUAACCUUCUGAUUAAUAAUAUCAUGAUAAAUUUUGGCGUUCAUUUUUAACGGCCGAAUUUGGAGGAGGUUAAUGGACAUUUGUUUUGCCUGUACUUUUGUAUGGUGCCUGGGACGAAACGUCCGAGUCCAAAUCGUCCUCCCCUUCCUGAAUAUCAUUUGUUUCGGUAUCAGGGCAACCACCAUCAAAUAUAACACUCCAGUCGCACGAUAUAACAAGCCAGACGAUAUAACACGUGGUUAUUCAAGCCUGUCCGCUAGGAAUUUUAUUUUUUCCCGGUACAGUUUUAAUAGGCUUAUCAUUGUAAUUUUUCAUGGUUUCUCGGCUGUAUUGGCCUCGCUUUGGGUUGCUGCUUCCCCGGAAGUUUGCCGAUUAGCUAGUCGCAGGUGUGUCCUCCCGUCCUAGGUCUUCAACCCUUAAUAAAUGUAGUAUGCGCAAGGGGAACAAAAUUUCUGCCCCCCUUUGCAUUUUUUGGAAGGUUACUUUUACAGCCAGCAGGCCCUCUAUCUUGAUUGGAAGUUCACGAAAGAUCCGGAAAUUGUUCUUUCGAGCAGUCUUCUUGUAUUGUAAAGAGUUUACUGAGAAGAAUUCACAUCAUGAUUUUAAGCACUAUGAUUCCCAAAGAAAUUUUUCAUCACAGUCUUCGUGUUUUACGUAUUCGAGAAACGUAAUUAAAGUUGCUAAACCGUAAUCCACAAAUAGAAGAUGAGAACAGUCAUCAGCAAAACCGUUAGGCGUGGUCGCUGGUUUCCUCUGCGAGUCAAAACCAUCUGCAAGCUCGGCCAUUAGCAACGAACCACUUGAUCAGCGUCUAGGCCAAGAGUGUUGCGUGCUGGCCGAAAUUUUUAAAUCAUGACAUCAUUGUGUAGUAAGUACUCUCUCUUCCUAUCAACAACCAGACAUUUAAAGUCGUCCUUCUGACUCCAGCCUUUCCCAAUUCCGAUAAGUAACAUUUUAAAUCUCGAAAGUCCCAGUCCUAGGCUUUGUCGUUAUUGCUCUAAUCGUCUUUAAAAAGGUAUUUUACUUUAUGGGAUUCCACUGACUCGCAUCCAACAACACCUUUUAUGUUCAUAUUUUGUUGCCCGUAGGGUGCACAAAACAUGCUGUCUUGAUCCUUCCAUUUCACACUUCUGGUCUUCCCUUUAUAUUUUAUGCAGCCCCCAUGCACAGCGAGCUCCUAUUACCAUUUUUUACAACAGUCUUGUGAUACCCACUUUUUAAACAGGAACCUUCAUCCAGUGCAGCCUCGCAACUGAAGAUCUCUUUGUAUUAUGUCAUACUCAGGUGCCAUCUUCCGUAUGUAUAAGGGUAUCAUGAGAACUCUGUCAUUCCUUAGCCACGGUUGGUUUUAGUGGGCAAUUUUUCAUUCGAAGUUAGUGAGAGUGCCCUGUAUAGGAGCAGAGUUUCUCUUCCCAUUGUUACACUAUUAUUGUCAUUAUGCCAAAGGUCUUUAAUUUCCAAUCUGCCGGAUCUUCCUGAGUACUUAUAUUAUAGAAUCAAACCUUCGAUUCUUGACAGUGCUUUUGAUUUUGGUGAACACCAUAUACGUAGCACUUGGUGCUUUUUAUGUAUGAAUAUUCUACAAUCGAUGUCGUGGAGGAAUUGGAAAAGAGCGAUCGCAGGCUGUUUUUCAUAUUAAAAGACGCUACAUGGAUGAAACUUUCCACUGAACUCAUUGGACGCUUUUUUACACUCGCUCACAAGACAUCACACCGUGCAGUUCAGUUCCCCUAGAAUUUCAGGGUGGGGAAUUUCUUGUUGUCCGCACUUACAUGAAUUAUCCGCAUUUGUCCCGCAGAAAUCUUCAAACUGUACACCCCCGAUAUUUGUUAUAUUCCGCCUUCAAGUGUCUUACUCACAAACCACUAAAUUAUAACUUUAUAAAAGUACAAACAGCUCCUGUUCUGUAGACCCACGAUGAAGGUUAAAUGGUUCAUCCGGCAUGCUGUGAAUAUUUUGGCUCCUUAGGUGGGUUUAGUAGUUUCAGCCUUAUUUCUAGGCGUUCUUUGGUAGUCAUGAAUUAUCACUUCUUUUAACGAUUAAUUAGCGAAACGUCUUAGGUUUAAAAGUCUUUCACCAUUAUUCAGAGAUGAAAAAAUCCACGAGAUAGAUUGACUAAUUGGACAAUAUUUCGAAAGGCGUGGUCAGAACUAGUGAGUUUUUUCAGUUUGUUAAUCUCAGAAUGUUGCGCUCUACCGUGGAGCAAAUCGUUCUCGAUGAAAUUUUAUAAACACAGUCCUAAAAUUAGUAUGAAUAUUUGAGCCGAAAUCCAUCAGCUCCAGCGGUAUAACCGUUUAAUAUCCAUAAACUGCCAGCGGGCAGUCAGCAGUACACACGUGCUGCAUGAUUUAUCAUUCUGCCAACACAGUGGCAGACUGUCAUUCAGCGGAAGAAUAUCGUCGAAACACGUGCCUCCGCUUUCAGUUAGUAUUUGUGCUGUCAGUAUAGUGAUUCAUGCAAAUAGUCUUGUUCCACUGCGAGGAAGUGUUUAGAAUGGGCCAUAAAGGAACAAGAAGAACCAUGUUCUUCAAAAUAUCUCUAAAUUCCGGAUUUAUCCGAACUUUUUAUUUUCGUAUCAUGCUACUAGGAGUCUCAAACUCCCUCGGUUCUAGUCAUUACCAUUGCCUGGCCAAUUUCACAUGACUUUUUUCUUUUUUGUUUCUCCCAUAUAAUUCGUUCCGUAGGCGUUGGUCACCUUUAUAAGUGGUCAGCAGAAUCAUUUAGUGCUAACUUCGUGGUUUUACUGAUAUCUUUAAUAUGAUCUGGAGCUCAUUAUCCGGAACGAACUGCUCUAGGCGAUUAGUCUGCUUAUCAUUCCGAGGCUAGUAGAGGCUGAAGAGAUGAGAAGUUAAACUUUUUAACUGAGCGCCAUCUUCCUGGUUGUCAGUAACAACAAGGCUCUUCGCAGCCAGAUUGUUCUACCUAACACCGAUCGCGAUCUCAUACGAAAGGUACUUCCAUCUCUAUCUUUUGAAUCCGCUAAGCUUAAGCCCAUAAUUACAUGGAUUGUUUAGGAAUAACGUCAAUGAAUUAUAAAUAGCGGUUCCGAGCCCCAAACUUAUUUUCUCGCAUUAUUUAGCUUGGUAUUUCGAGAAUAAAGAUCCCAUUGACGAACCUUCGUGAUUGCCACACAUUCCUUCUAACUAGUUGCUUAAUCGAGCUGUUUAUCUUUCAUAUACUGUUCCUUCCGAUUCCUCCACAGUUUUCAGCUGCGCCGUUUUAACCCUAUGGUUCUGAGUGGACUGCAAAGAUGUAAUUUGUGUUGACGAUCAAAACUGGUCUUGAAAUUGGUUUGCUUCAAACUAUGUUCUUUGGUUGGUGGUGAAGCCCAGUCGUGCGAGAUCGUCGGCAUAUUAUCUACAAGCAGUGGGCGGUCGUACGAAUAUGUAGUUGACAUGCAAACUUCCCGACACUAUUAUAUUUGUGCUGGUAUAGGAUCCUUCUUAUACUUUUUCUUUUUAUAUCGCAUACUUUUGCCGUCAUUCACUUCAACUGAGACAUACGAACACGAAACGGAUAUCUCACUCGACUCCGUCUUCAUGACUCGUGUUUGUGUAGGUGCUGCGAUGACCGCCUCUUAGAAGGAUCUUGUACCAAUUCGCACACGUCCUAUCUAAACGAGUGAAGUCUCUUUUAUGUCAAUUGGGAGACCAGCAUGUUCAUGGCACGCGAGAACUACGAUAAGUGCCUGGUCAGCCACGUAGCCCUACGUUUAAUCCAGAUUUAUUGACUCCACCUUCCUACUGGAAUAUGAAGAAAAGGAGACGAAAGAGGGAACGGGAAGAUAAUAAGGCCAAGCUGUGGAAAUCUUUACACGUCAAACCAGGGCAGUUGCAAUGCGUUACUAUCCUCCAGGUAGGGGUGAUAGUCGUCUAGGCGCUUUCUUCGUUGAAUCCAAAACUAAGUGGGCGGUGAAGCUUGUUGAUGACUCAAGAUAUCUUCACGACUUCUUAAUUAGCGCAUAGUGCCACACUUGGAAUAAAGUCUGUGCAUCUCACUCGGAUGAUGCAUUUCAUCCAACAAUAAGCGAAAAUCUGCAUUUUUUUCUCCUACUCACUCAAGCACUUCAGCAAUCACGCCCUUGCACCAUAACUAAACGUUUUUUUCUUUUUGUAUGAAUACACUCAAUGGUGCUGCUCCAUAAGUCCGUUCAGUGACUAGGCAAAUGCAUUGAUCAAAGUUUUUUUGAAAGAAGAAGUCCUCAAUAUACUAUUUGGCGGUGUACUUUUUCCGCCGUACCUUAAAAAAUAGCAACGGAUACAAGAAAUGUUUUGCACCGUAUGAGAGUUUAGGCGUGGCACGCAUUCUUUGUAACUGAUUCCGCCACCGUUUAUCUCAAGGAUUACGCACUCUAUUUUGGCAGCACGAGACUCAGCGUAGAGAGUUAGCUGGCAUCCAGACGCAGGUUCGGCGCGGUAAAUUAUUUGCCGAAUCUAUUGAGGCCGACAAGAAUGUUUAAAUGUGUUUUCGUAUGGAAAAACAUAACUUAAGUGCUGUCUCAAAACCGAUUAUCAAGUCAAUUUUUGAAAUGCUUCCUGUGCACUUAGAGUAAGUAUGUUCCUAACCACCUAUAUAAGGUAAUCUCAAGAAUGUCUUAGUCAAGUAGCACUUGCCAUUCCCAGUACAUUUUGGUUCCUGUAGACACGCAGGAGGCAUGCACAAAACUGCAUUCUUGAUGUUCGUUUUGUAGUAGUUUAUGUUCUAUAACUUUGUGAUUUUAAAUGGCGGCCAUUCGCUUCUGCCGUCCUCUCGUUUCGAACUGCAUGGCGAGCUGUACUCUCAACUUUCAAGUUCUUGAUUCAGCCAGGAUGUCGCAUCUUUAUGCCAUGGCCCGAGUUAAACAUCCAGACGUGUAUGGAGUAGAAUAUAUUCAUACCGAAGGCAUCAUAGGCUGACCGUUACGAAGAACGACGUUGAUUCCUUGCCCAUGAGGUGGACGCAGAGGUGACAUUGUUCAUAAUUAUGCAGACGCGCUAACACCACCCCCUCCACCUCUCCCACAAACAUCACGUUCUGGUGUCAAAAUAACGUCAAGGUAGCGGGGAGUCGACGCGAACGCAGUACCUAAUAGGACCAAACAGCCCGCCUACGCGUGUCACACGCCCGACUAAAAUUGGGGACCUCUCAUUUCACAUCAGUCCGUCAGACCAUCACUCAUGGUAAGGAUCUAGUUACUCCGUCAGUUAGUAGCCUUCCAAGUCAACUUCUAGUGCGUCGGGUUUAUUAUAGUGCUGAAUGUGCUGACUUGUGUGUAUGCACUCCUUUUCUGUGUCUGUCCCACUUCUAUGCAUCAAAACUUGUCUGAGUCAUGUCUCCUGUUGAUGAGAUCGAAUGCAGUGGUCGAUAAAGCCAAGCACACCAUCUCCGCGUGCCUCACGCAACCUGAUUCAAACUACAAAAGUACCGAACUACACUAAAGGACACGCUUCUAACUAAAUUGGGAUCUACACAUUCGCACGUGCUACGCUUCACUCGUUAUACUGGCGUUGACAAACUUUAUUCCAUGCGUGUUGUGUGGUACGCCAUUGAUACUUAUCGUGCAUAGGCUUUCCAGCCGAAUAGGAUCAUGUGUAGCCUAAUUGAAUUUGUUAGUGCACAUAGCGCAAAGUGUCAUGGAUGUCUGAACUGCGCUGUUUUACUGAAGAUCCUCGUCUAUAUUUCGAAAAUCAAAUCCGAAUUACAUAACAGCAAUUAAGCAGCAAAUACUUCUUUAACAUCGCAUAGGAUUGCUGCAAAGUGGUCAUCAUCUCCUUUCAAAACAAGACAGCAGUGUUUACUCAGGUGCCCUUAAAGUAAGUGCCGUGUUACCCAAUCUUGCUGUCUAGUCUAGUCCGCUCGAUUUGCUUCGUGCGCGCACCUAUAUUCAGAUCAACGGGAUUUUCCUGGUGAUUGACGGUUUUGUGAUCGUACCCAGGCUGUUUAAGUUACUAAUCAGUUGGCCAUUCGUCAGAAUAUGUUGUUGAACCUGCUUCCACUUCGCGUCCACUGAUAGGGAUUAACAUCACUGCCUCUCACUUUUAUAUAUGCCAAAGACCCAUAGAUCAUAAAUUCGCGAGCCGUGAUUCCGAUAAUCAUGCACUAGGUCGUCAUCAUUUUCUUCGGCAGGUGUAUUUCCACCCAAGAGACGGCAAUGAUUGUACUUACGGUGUCCUGUAAAUCUGACCUCUUCGGUGUUCUGGUGUUCCAUUCAGCUACUAUUUCGGAGCAGACAUCCCGGGAGUAAUUGGACCAGUCAACCACGGUAUUUGGGGAUCUGCCAGUAAGCUUUGGCACUUCUUCCAGUAGUUUUCUGUUGCCCCUGAGAUAAACUAGCUCUUAAAUUUUGCAGGACUUCAAAUUGCUGCGGAGUCUUCCGUUCAAAUCACAAAAGAAGGACAACUCGUUUCCCGUUCUUAUUGAUCGAACAGACUGGCAGCCCUUUCUUUUGCACCUCCAUGCAGGCAUAUUCUGCCCACGGACCUUAAUGUUCGUCAACAUCACCGGCCUAUCGCACUUGCGACAAGAGUUUUCCUCAGUUAAGGGACCAUUUAGAAGGAGAUAUCGUGACGCCGCUGUUUUACUAUGCACCACCUCAGUAUAAAACUCGCAUAGCAACAUUUUGAGGGGUAUGCUGAAGUAGGAACAAAAAUGAGGGUGAGAGUCACGCUUUAGUAGCACCCCAGCGCCUGUUUGUCUUCUAGGCCUUCAUCCACAUUGUUCACAGGGUUUCCAUCUAUUCGGGUGACAUUUUGAUAUCCACCUCCGGUCAAAAUCUCUAGUGGCUUGCAACUACUCCAGAGAGCAGUACUCCGACUAACAGGACUGACAACCAAGCAGAAUUAGAUGACAUCGUCCGUCUGCACCUCCUUUGGAAAGCGAAGAUUUUAUGCUAACUUAAUGGAAAUCUCCAUCAAUAUUGCUUAGUUUUUUUAAACACGCAGUCUCAUGCUGGCCAGCCCUUUGAAAGUAUUUUUUGCUAACUGUCCGCCCGACCGACUGUUGAUUAUGAACAGGUAGAAUAGCCUUGGUCCUGUACGUGAAAAGGCUCAUCAUGGACGCUACCUGUUUUUUUUUCAUAUCUCCUAAAGGUGUAGUUGAAAAUCAUGCGAUCCAAUUGACGUGUGCCUCACCUACCUAGUUACGCCAUUACUGAUAACUUCUCGAUGUUGUCAUCGCAAGCAUUCUUUGUUUAGAGUCCGGACUUGCACUUUUCUCUAUCGCACACGCGACUUUACGUCAAUAUUAAUUUGUCCUCCUCUGUACGUGUACAUUUACACUGCAGAAUGUGUAGCUGAUUUGAGCCCUAUCCACUUGGCUGCCGCCCGUUUUCUUAUAAACGCUAGUGUGCCGUAAACCAACAGUGUUCAUUUCUCCGCUUUGCGUCUUCGGCGAUUAGAUAAUGGCGGCUUCUGCUUCCCUAAGUCUGGCGAGGGUAUUCGAAUGGAUGACAGAUGUGUUAGAAAAUUUCGAAGGUGUCAGAGAUUCAGAUUUAAUUCCGCACUUUCGCCACUUUACGAUUGUAAUGUUAUUUAAACGCAUCGUAAAGUUUUACGAAGUCAUUCCGGACAACUGGGGUCUUUCUGCACCUCUAAGGCCUUAUUGCAAUGAAAGGAGACUUUUUGGCACUGACAUAUGCCUGUUAUUCGAUAGUAUGCAAAGCGAAAUAUAAGUACUAGUUGCUGAGAGUAGCUCGCAUGCCUAGGUUGGAUCUCACAGUAACGAUUUUCACUUUCACACCAGUGGACGGUCAUCGUCGUGGAAAAUAUCCACAGAUCGAAAGCCUGAACCUGGACACUUUUACGGGAAAGACACCCUACUGAUUACACUACUUAACUACCGCGGUAGAAAUAAACAUUCCAUUUUUCACUGAAUGCUUCAGUCAGCUUCACUGAAACUUUAAAAGACACUCCGCCAGUCGAGUCUGUAACCUUGUUUCCGGUGGCUGCAUUAACUUCUGUAGGAAAGAACUGGAGGGUCAAUUAAGGAAUAGUGUUAUGUCAGUCUAGGUAAAGCAUUCUGAUUUCCAGUCAGCACAUGUAAACCACCAACUUUUGUUUUUUGUGUCUUCGGUUUUAGCUACUGGGCAGUUGCCUUUACCAUAUUGACCGGUGCUUCGACUCCGGACACUUCCCCGUACUUAAGCUUGUGCCUUUUUGUUGUAGGGCUCUUUGGACUCCUGUCCCAAUCCCAUGCACCUCCAUGUGCAGUGAUAGUUUUCCUCCGACGUCUCCAUCUCACGUCAAUAUGCGUUCUCGAUUCAGUGGUAGUGUAAGCCAUGCCAGUACCUCUGUCCCCUCGGCGUCUUCUACUUCAACCAAUCGCCUUGUCCUGCUACGACCUGACAAGAAGGUCAUCGAUGAGGUCUACAAGAGGUUGGAGAAGCUUGUACGUCUAUGUCAGCACCCUAGACUUCAGCUACGUAACAGUCCGCCCUACCUGCUCGAAAUUCUUCCUGACAUGUACGAAAAGCUGAAGGCUAUAAUCACGGCCUACAGCAGCACACUGGAUGAGCUCUUUAAUACCCUCUAUUUCCAAGUCUUUCUUAAUAAUCUAAUGAACAAGUGCAAAUCCACCUCCAAGCUCUUCAAGGAGGCCAAAGAACUAAUGUAUGAUGAGCACUCUGAAUAUCGACGAAAACUGACAAAGAAUUCCUUGGUAUUCUCGCACAUCCUUAAGGAUCUGGAGGCCCUUUACCCAAACAACCAUUUUUCACCAGAAACUUUCCGUAUAACUAAGAAGGAGGCGGCUGACUGGUGGCGAAGUCAUUUCGACUACAGUCCUAUCGUUCCUUGGCAGUUGUUUCAGGCGGCACUGUCAGAGAGUUUCCAUAUUGACUGCAGAUCCGAGUUACGUGCCCUGCAAAGUACCAUUGAUCUCACCUGCAAUGACCACGUAUCAGUAUUCGAGUUUGACGUAUUCGUGCGCCUUUUCCAGCCCUGGAACAAUGUUAUUGAGACCUGGAAGGCGCUGGCCAUCCUUCAUGCCGGCUACAUGGCCUUUAUGACCUACGACGAAGUGAAAGCUGUACUCAAGCGGUUUCGUCACCACCCUGGUCCAGGCAGUUAUGUCUACCGGUUAUCCUGUACCAAGCUCGGUCAGUGGGCAAUCGGUUACAUUACUCAAGAUCGCCGCAUUCUCCAGACCAUCAUUCAAAACAAGUCUCUUGCUCAGGCCCUUAUUGAUGGCGAACGGGAAGGCUUUUACCUUUACCCCAACGGAACACCCAGUCAGUCAUCGAUCUUGUCUUCACUAGUGGAGAAUCUACCACAGACACACCUGCGUGUGUCUCAGGAGCAGUACCAACUCUAUUGUAAGAUGGGCUCCACCUUCGAGUUAUGCAAGAUUUGCACUGAAAACAAUAAGAAUGUGCAACUCGAACCCUGCGGCCACCUGUUAUGCAAGAGUUGUCUGAUCAGUUGUCAGGGCUCUGGCACAGGUCAGACUUGUCCCUUCUGCCGCCUAGAGAUAAAGAGUAUUGAGGAGAUUAUACUGGACCCAUACUUACCCGACGAAGAUGCGCCGGAAUCCUCUCACGAACUAUCCAACGAUCACUCCCAAGGGGUGGAUUCACUGGACGACGGACUAAUUCAGAACGGGCAAACGCCUUCACCCAAACACUCGUUUGUCACUCAGACCAUCACUCGCCUCCAACGUUCGGCCUCUCAGCGGACAGCCGCCACCUCCUACGAUGACAGUUGUCUCACUGAUGAGGUGAUUGCUUCCCUACCUUCAGCUGCCACAUCUGUCGUCACGCGGGCUAAUGCCACUCGCGGCGGUUCCCUCGAUCAUCUGCUACGGAUGUCCGCCUCCUCCAGUAAUAUUGUCUCGUCGAGGCCCCAUCCGACUGAGGAGGUUGAUGUUCGCCAGCCUCAGCAGUCGUCGCCCAAGGCCGCGGCAACACCCCCACCCCUGCCACCACACAGCAGACCAUUCUCACAACUUUUGGCAACGUUGGAUAUGGUGCCACCAUCGCCAGUAACACACUCCGCAGCCGAUGCUGUUCACUUCCCUCCCACUAGAACCGUUUCCGCAGUGACCGAUGCUGGUGACAAUGUUGACGACCUGCCAUCCCCUCCGCCCGUUCCUCUAGCGCCCUCAGAGACCCUAACAGUGGUCGAAAAUAGCGGUGGAACGGAUUGCGCGAAGCGUCUGCUUCUAAGAGAGGAUGUUAAGGCAACUGAUGGUCCCCCGAUGACUGAAGAGGUAGCUCAGCAAUUGCUGGAAAUAACCAACGGUAACUAUGAUAUGGCUGCCCGAAUUUGGAGUGAAUUCGUUCCUCGGUCGUCGAUUGCGUUGACAAAGUGA